AUGGAGCCAAAGCACAAAGAGUUGUUAGACCAGUGCCACCAGAACUUACUGGAGUCCAUAACAGAUGCGGACCGAGUUAUAGAGCUGCUCAUAGUCUCUGGUACCUUGAGUCAACUCGAUAGGUUCGAGCUGGACCAGAACUGUUCGUCCAGCGCCGAGAAAGUGGACCACCUCCUGAAGAUGCUGAUGAACAAGGAGAGCGACCAUUUCCUCGACCUGUGUGUGGCCCUGGAGAAAGCAUACCCUGACCUGUACUCGACUCUGUUCAGCAACAACGGAGGGGGACCUGUGGACCACUCCACCGGUAAGACAUGAAACCAGAACCAGAACUAGAACUCACGAAGGCAGAAAAAAAGAGGACCAAGGCGCUGCAGAGUAACCUCUCAGCGUGUGGAGCUGCAAUCUGGGUGGUCUGGCGCAAGAAAAACCAUGUGUGCAUCGCUCCUUAGCAGCCGGUAGCGUGAUUUAUUAUCAAGUAAAAUCAGUAUAAAAUGAUAAUAAAGCUUUAUGGGAAGGUUGCUGAGAAAUACAUCAGCGUCCUGUACUUACAACAUGGUUACACACCCAUUACUCAGACCCUGAAUGCUGGUUAAUACUGGAAUAUAAAAUGCACAAGGUUAUAUCUUUAAACUUUAUAUGCCUUGCAGAGCAAUUGCACAGCUACUGGAGCAGCUAUAUGGCCAUCAUGUGCAGCCAUUUUGCCCUUAAAUCCUCUUUGCAGUACACAGAUAAUCACAUUUACACUUUAUAGUAGUCAAGACAGGAGUAAUUAUAAAAUUUAAGUGGAAAAAUCUCAAGACAAAAGCACUAUUAUCCACCCUGAUCUCAAUUUGUUGUUGCUUGCAUGAUAUCCUUAUGGUACAUUAGGUAGCAUGAUUUGUUUCCAUGACAACUGGUGACAUGUUGGUCCUUAUCGACCUGUGUGUGUGUGCAGCCUACUCAUGCAUGCAACCUGAAGCCUCAGUUCACCUCCACAUGUGGAGAGAAAACCACACAGUGUCCUAGCGAUUACAGUCCGAAGCAGAUUAUUCCUCAGCGGUGCAUUUACAGGCAACAUUUGUAAUCACACUUUAUCCAUUAGAGUCAUUAGAUUUGCACCGUGUCCUCAGAGCAAGUGCCUCUACUUGAGUUUAUGUGUGGUUGUUGUUUGCACGGAGAGACAAAGGGCAUCCGAGUGUAAAAGCCUUGUCUAGUUUUGCCUGUUUUGCUUUGUCUGAAUGACUGAAGCCACUGGCUUACUCACAACCGGCGUCAUGCCCCGAGGGCCUGAAUGCAGGAUGAGCCUUGAGAUUUAAAAGUAGGGAGGAGAUGCAGAGUAAUGCGUCUCAGGCAUAUUUAACAUGUGCGACAUCACUCUGACCCCGCUGGAGCUUUAUUUUGAAAGAGACAUGGCUUUUUAUCGAAAAUACACUCUCUGAUCCGUAGUUUUUAAACCUGUCAAGUUUGCGUACUACGAGGAAGCAGACCAUAGCAGGUAAUGCUGAGUUGGUGUCUUGCUGCUCCACUGACUGGAUCUGUUAAUGCUGUUUUAAGCUUUAUUACUUCCUUGUAUUGCUGCUGCAGAAUCACACACCUCCUGAAUUGCACUCACAGUUGUUUACAUGCUGCAGACUUGGUCCCUGCUUUAUCUCCUUUGAGUUAGGCUGGGCUCGACAUGGUGGAUUUGGUGUUUCCACACACACCUCGUCCACACUGGGCCUCAAAGUUGACCUGCCCUGCAUGAGUAGAGAGUGAGCACCACUAGUGAGUCAGUCUUUGGAUAUUCAACAGAGGAUUAGGCCUUGCUUCUUCCCCUCUCUCUCUCUUUGCGAAGACACGCUUUAUCAUGCCUCCACAGUCUCCAGCAUUAGCCGCCACGCUCUCAGGCUCCUUCUGUUUCAGCUCAAGUGUUGCGGGUCGUUUUCUUUUUUUUUUCAAACAUACUUUUUCAUUAUCUUUAGUGUUAGUGAUCCGGCUGAUGCGAUUACCACGUUUUAACCGCACUUGCAAGAGACCGAGGACAAGCCAGUCACAGAGCACCUCCAGGCAAAGCAGCUGGUAGAAAAAGCACAUAAGCAUGCAGGGAGGGAGGGAGGAAAUCUUCAGUCAGAUCCCCGGUGUGGCUGCGAACAACAACAGCGUGUGUGAAGAGGGGUGAAUAUGAGUGUGUGAUGAGUCUUGCUGAUAGCAACCUGCUCUCAAGUCGUCCUCUUCUCCUACCGCCUUGCCUGCUUUUGUUCUCAGACGUGUCUCUCCUUCGCCAGCUGAGCCUCGCUACACGCACACUUGCUAAAUCAUCCGCACUCCAAAGAGACACCCUCACCCUGGAGGAAAAGCAUACAGAAAACACUCACAAAUCCUCAAUUGUUUUUUUUAAAACACAGGCUCUGUAAAUUAUUACUGUUUUGCUGGCAAACCCCAACACAUUUGCUGUGGAGAACUUACAAAACAAAUCAUCCAUUAUUUAGCCUGUUUUGUGCAUCAGUGUGCUGAGGGACCGAGGAUGACAAAUUCUCUAACUCUGAUUCGGGAGGAAAACAUUCGCUCAGACUUUGACAGAAGUUUUGUCGCAAAACGAGAGAGGGCAUCUUUUGCAUUUUGAAACAGAAUCGAGUUAAUUUCAUAAAUCCAUAAACGGAGCAAUCGGGUAAAGCCUCGGGUUGUGUGAUUUUCCUCUUUGGCUGCAUUGAAAAUACUCCACCUGAAGAAAAGUAAGUGAAGAAGAGAUGUACCUGCACAUCCCCCUGAGUUUUUUGCUUUUUUUUUCAGAUGCAAAGGCCUGUUACAGUGAUUUAAACUCACUCUGAGAGGAGGGCAACACAAUUCCCCCUGACAGGAUGCAACGUCCACAUUCCUCCUCCUCUGCUGUCUGUUUGACUUCAUUUUCUCGUUGUCUCUCUCUCUCUCUCUCUCUCUCUCUCUCUCUCUCUUUCUCUCUCAUGCUUUAUUCUCUGAAUCACUGCAUCAUUUGUAGCUUUCUUUUCCCCUCUUUUCUCUGACUCAUUAUGUUUCUGAGUGGCUUCAUUUCUGCGCUCACUUAAAAAGGGGGACACGGCACAGAGGGAGACAGGGGAGGGUGAUAGAAAAGAGGGAGCAAGAGAGAGGGGGGAGACAACAGGCCUUUUGUUGAGGAGUUGAGCAGACCCAAAGUGCCCAGUCAGCAGCUUGCUCUGUGUACUAGGACAUAGGCCAGUGUGUGUGUGUGUAUGUGUGUAUUGUUGGAGGGGGUGUUCUCCUUUCUGUCAACCAGUUUCUGUCCCGGUCCAUAAACCACAGCGGACACACGGAAUGAGUUAUGACCCUGACGCUCUUGUCACCACCACUGCUUUUAAAUACCUCCCAUGGGCUCAACCUGGACUCACUUUCCUCCCCUCUUUCUCUCUCUCUCUCGCUCUCUUUCUGUCACCCUCAGUGUCUGUCACUCCAUGACGCACGCUGUCACUCACCUCAGCACUCUCUGUACCUCAGCCAGACCUCGUCCCUCCCUUUCUUUUUCCACAUUCUCACUGUGCAGCAGAGGAAGCCAUCAAUUCAUCUGCUGUUAGCUGCUGUUUCUGCUUAGCUGUGAUUGAUGUCAUUUGAGCAGAUCGCUCUUCGUACAAGUUGCCGGCGUGAGUUUUAUUACAUUGCAGUGUCUCUCGUACAACCAGCGCAGUGGGCUUAAGAGGAAGCUGGCCAAUUCACUGUAUCCCUCUGCUGUGAUUUAAGUCAGCCGGUAGUGUGUGGGAAUGAGAAGUAGAUCAAAAAGUUCAAUUCAUCAGCAACAAUUUUAGAAAAAAGGUAGUGAGUUAUUUAUGGUACAGAAAGCAGGAAUGCUCAAAUAUAACCAGAUUCAGGCUUAUUUUUUUUUAAUUAUGCUGACUUUUAAGCAUGUUGGAGGUAUUAACUUGAUUUGAAUAACAUUUUAUACAGUAAAAAUCGUACCCAUGUAGAGCUGCAGCUAUCAAAUAUUUAAGUAACCGAGUAUUCUACCGAAUAUUCCAUCGAUUACUCAAGUAAUUGGACCCAAACGGCAGACUCACAUAAAGUUUGAUUUCCUAUAGGCCCGAAAUGAAGGUCAGACUUGGAGAAAUAGAGGACAAUCGUGGAACAAGCGUGAAGAGUCGCUAAAGUCGCUAGAUUGGCAACACUGCAAGAAAAGCCCCCCUCAUCAUUUAUUUUUUCAGAUCCGUAAAACCUUAACAGCGCUUACUCUUCCUUCCACCGUAUUCGUAUUCGAGGAAUCGUUUCAGCCCUAUACCCAAGUUGUUUCCUUCUGCCUAGAUCUCUGCUUGUGUUUUAUUUACUCCCAAGUGUCGCUUUGGACAAAAGUUUCUGCUAAGGUGUUAAAAAGGACUGUAUUAUGCUCUUGUUUGCAUGAAUUCAGUCUUUCAGUCAGAAGGGCUUUAUAAAAAUGUAAAUAAUGAAUAGAUAAGAUGCAGAUGAUUUGAAGACUAAACUAGGGCUAGGCGAUAAAAAAAUAAUGGUAUAUAUCGAAAAUUAAAUUUCCUCAAUAUCAAUAUGAAACAUGGUCAAUAUGCUUUUCGAUAGUCGGCAUUCUGCCAUGUUUUGGUAGACUAUACGAACAGCCAAUGAAAAGGGGGGUUGCUCUGGGUUGUGCCGCACUGAACUCUCAGCUCUUUUAAAUCACAACUGAAAACGCAUAUGUUUGCUGUGGCCUAUCAUUAAAUCAAACCUGAGGCCUUUAAUCAACAUCUUCAUCAUCUGCCUGUCUUGAUCUAUUUUUCUAUCUCUCCAAUCUAACCUUUGUUUUCUUUUAUCUUCAAUCUUACUUUAGCUUUGAAUGUAACUUUUAAUCUGUUAAAUGUCUUUUACGCUGUUUUUACUUUUUAAAUUGUGUUGAAUGUUUUGCCUGCUUGUUUCAUGUAAAGCACCUUGAAUUGCCCUGCUGCUGAAAUGUGCUAUACAAAUAAACUUGACUUGACUUGACUUGACUGAACCAAUCAUGUGCUGAAUUAGAACCAAGUUGUAAACAACUGUGUAGUAGCACGCUGCAGCUACACGCAACUAUAGCACUUCAUCACGUGAAGCCAACAGCACAGUAGGUGAGAAAAAAAGAAAAUAAGUGCUACUGCCGGCAGAAAUGCAGAUGAAGGCUCAACAGAUGAUAACACCAUUGACAAUACUUGCACGAAAACAUCGGUGGUGUGGACAUGAAGCAGAGUAGUGUGCACUGCAAAUUAUGUCGAGUUCAUGUUAAAUUUCAUUUAAAAGUAACAGGGAACAUUUAAGAUUGACAGGUGAUUUUUUUCAAUAUCGUGAUACAUAUCGACAUCAACUGAUAGGAAAAAAUAUAUAUUGAGAAAAACAUUUUCCCUUGUCGCCCAGCCCUACACUGAACUAUAAAAACUUUUAGAAAAAAGGAAAACCAGAUAGUUUGAUAAUGAAAUCACCAGUUUUGCUCUAAGUUGAGACACACUAAGCAGUGUAAGCAGUAUAGAGUUUCUUGCCAGUAAUGUUGCUCAAUAAAUCCAUGUAAUCACGGUCCGGCUAACGGGAGCAUGACCUCGGCUCUUCACCUGAGUUACUGAUGUUAAUUUAUAUUUAAAUCCGUUGUUUUUUUUAACACCCUUUUCAACGUGACACUUGUAUCUUUUUUUAGCUACAACAAUGAAAUAAAGUGGAAGGUUCAUCUUCACUCGGUGUGAACCACAGCCAUGAGGCUAUACUGUGGAGCAGGGCUUCAUUACCAUUUUACACAUGUUCUUCCGCUUCUUAAUUACCCCACGAGGUAGAGGAGAGGAAAUGCCUGCGUCAAAGUGUUUACUAGUGCAAUGAAGUCAUGGAAAUAUACCGCUCCUCUCCCCUACUUUGACUUUUUUUUUUUUCUUUUUCACAGUCUUUGUUCUGUCGCCUCCUCUUAUCUAUCCCUCUUUCCUCUCUCUCCACCAUGGUGCUUUUUCUACCCCACUUGUGUUGAACCACCAUCUGUUAAAUUCUCUACCUUUUUAUCUCUUCUUCCUGCAUCUGCUGCCACUUUAUCUUUUAAUAUCUGGCACCUGAUGCCAAGACAAAUUUAACCUGUAAUCACCUGCAAACAAUGACGAUGGUGCUGUGUGUUUUCUUUUGCACUGAACUUGAACUUUGUUUUUCUUUCUCUUUUUUCACACUAGAAUGCCCUGAGGUACAAUUAGUAGAUGUAAUUUUAAUACCAAUGGACCGAGUUGGAGCCAAAUCCCAAAUGAGAGGGACUAGAAUAUUUGAUGAUUAUUUUUUGUCUGCUGGGCUGUUUUUUGUGCAUCAGAAUAUGACUCACUUCAGAUGUAUGACACACAAAAUUAAUGCCUUCACCGGUGCACACACACCAUUAAAAAUAUGAGACGUAUUGAGCAUGCAUAAAAGCACUAGAUAUGUCAGCAUGCUUUAACAUUACAUCCUUUUCACAGUGGGAUGUAAGGGACUGCAGCAGCGCAACAUGUUUGCUGCCACUCAUAGUACAAUGAGAGAAAAAACCUGCCUGACAUUAUCUGCAGUCGAACCAAUGAUUGCACGCACUUUCUCCCUUUUUUCUUGAUGACCUUUUUGGAAAAUUACAGUGCAGUUUAAUCACUGAAUUAUCUCUUUGCAGCUUGAGAGUGCUCUCCGAAUCGACAUAUUCUCCUAUGUGAUUAAACAUGAAAGGAAUGUUAUGAAGAUUGCCCAAAUUCCUGCAGUGGGCUUAUUCUGCACAGACAGGCUUUUUGGCUGUGUUUUUGGCUCAUAUUUGUACUAGUUGCAGUUUGCAGCAGAGCAUUUGGAGGACAUGUUGCAGACAUCUUUCACCUUUUUGUUUUUGACCCAGCCCUUGGCACGGACAAGCUGUUCAAAAUAGAAAUUAUGUCUCAUUUAUGCUGAGCAAGGGCUCUUUGCAGGGGAAUAAAAACCCAUUAUGGCUUGCUGAUAAUCGGUGUGGCUGGAGUGCACUCAGGCUCUUUUAUGGCUUUGGUGCAGAAGGCUCAGGACUUUUUUAGGUCUGCUCCAUGUUUUUCCCCUCUGUGUCCCAAUACAGAUCCCAAAUCUCCAUAAAGCUGAAUCUGAGGGAUUUCAAUCAACAGUCAAACAGAUCUUAUUUUGAGACAUGCCACAGGGCAGAUUUGGACCUAUGAGUGAACAGGGUGGGUGGGUUUGACCAAGCGGUGAGUCAGGCGGUGUGCGUGCAGUGGAGUAAUCCUGCCUCAUGGAGUCAUCAUGUUAGAUGUCUUCAUGUUUAUGCUCAGUGUGGACUCCUUAAAUCGGAUGAUCAAUCCUUUGCCCCCGCAGCACGGCCUCACUGGCACGGCGCCCAGAAUCUUUGUCCAUAGUGUCACUGCCUCCUACAGAAGUUCGACCCACGACACGGCUUACUGAAAGAACAGGGAGGGAAUCAGAGUUGAGGAUUUAUGUUGUGUUUCUGUGCUGAUUUGCAGAUAGAGUUAUCACAGAUUCUGAGAUCAGUAGUUGCAGGUUGGGUGAAUCAGGUGAGAGAGGUUGUCAGAUCUUUCCAUCUGUGUCCAGACCUUCUGACUUUUGCUAAGAGAAGAUGAUCCUUCGACAAUCUUCACAGUUUCAAUCCAUUAAAACACCAAAUCUCUUCACCGUUGUUUGAAAAUGUUGAAGAAUAAAUUUAUGAAGCUCAAUCAAUUAUACAUUUGCUGAAGAUGAAAGAGGACACGAGUGUCUAAAACAUCCGCAGUGAGGUGAAUAGAUUUCUUUCACAUUUACAGCAAAACAGUGAAGGAAAAUAUGAACUUUUUUGAACUUUCGACUAAACUUCACUGAGCUGUACUUAUUUACUAAUAAUGAUUCAACUACGGCUGUCCCAAUACAAUAUUGAUAUCGCAUAUCGGUCUGAUAUCAGCCAAAAAAACAUUAUCAAAUUAUAUCGGCCUGCAUCUACAAUCUCCAAUAUCAGCACUCCGAUACAAGCAGUCUAUUCCAGACUCCACUCCGGCACCUCUAUCUAGCAGCGCCCAGAUCCAGUAUGCAGAGCCCACAUGAUCACAACAACAGGACAGGGCAGGACAGGACAGCAUCUUGUUCCAGUUUUCAGUGAUAGUUUGAGUCCAGUGUCUCCUCGGGCUGCUCUCACAUCUGUGCCUGCUAGCUGUCAUCAUCUCAUGACUCAGCCUGUGACUUAAAAUCAACUUUUUUGCAACAUUGAUGACUAGCUAUAGACAAAUCAAUCAGGGAAUUUGAAAUAUCUGGCACUGCCUGAUGCAUGUGCUCAUGAGACCAAUUAAAAAAAAACAAAGUCUGCAGAUGCUGCAGUCAGCUCUGUCAGUGUAACUUGAUGGAUGGUGUGUAAACAGACUGUGCAGUGGACGUGAAUGAAGUUAUUACUUUUUUUUGUGUUUGUUCACCUAGAUUGACUGUCUGGCUUGUAACUAAGUGAAACAUAAACAAACUUAGAGUAUACUUUGGAAAAGUUUUGGGAAGGUUGGGAACAAGUUAGCUUGGAACCCUGUGCCUGUACUAUAACUCUCAUGCACCCUUGGGGCGCUGCUGGCCAUGUGUGGAGGUUGUGCAGCCUGCGGCGCCUGUCCUGUGUAUCACUCCUCACUCUCUCUCUCCAUUUCCUGCACCAUCCUGUCCUACCUUCUAAAACACCUCUCGCACCCUUCUUUAAAUGUUUAAUUUCCUCAGUCAUAAUCAUUUUCACUCGAUGAUAUCAUAUUUUUCCCAUCUUAAAUGACAGCAGAUCCAAGCUAAAACAGUUUUCAUAUAAAUUCUGUUAGGAUAUAUUGAAUAAUGCUGCUAAAUAUUGCUCUUAAAUGUGUAUCAGUCAUGUUCUGAAAUCACAAGAAUAACCCACUGUAUUUUUUUUUCAUGGAUUAAUUAAAACUCUAUCUAACACAUGCUACUGGCUUCGAUAACCAGGACUAUCAGAUUGUCAUAUGCACCGAAUGCCAAGAGUUGUUUCUCAUUUUUGUUAUUCUGAAUUUUUUGUAUCUCAUAAAUGCAAAAAAUCAGCCACAGUGGGAUACGAGCGUUGCAUAUUUAGAGUGUACCGUAUACUCUGGUGUUGGAACAUGCUUCACACACAGAGGCUGAAAUACACACUCAAGCACAAACAGCAUGGAAAUUUGUCAGAGUGGAGACGCUUGCUCAGUUGGGGUAGUUGGGGGUUCAGUGCCUUGCUCAUUGGCACCUUGCCAGUUCCCAGAAAGUUAACUGGCACCUCUCCAGCCAGAUUCCUAAUUUGGCACAAUGCAGGGACUUAAACAUGCGAGCUGUUCCUCCAGACAGAGAUGCUAUCGCCCAAUAGCUACUGCAGGUAUAGGGUUUUGACCAUAGACUGUAUAUAGAAUGGACGCUGUCUGCCUCCUCGCUGAGUGAAGCCACCGCAAGAACAGCACCCUCUGGUGACGGGCUGCAGUAUAGGUCAUAAAUCCCAUCUCCUUCGGCAAAGCUUAUGGAGUUGUGGACAAACUUUAAAAGUUUAUUACACAGAAUCUCCCCCCUGCUUUCGAUGUUGACAUGUAGUUACUGUAAGACUGGUUUGUGCUCAAGUCCUCUUUUUUCUGUACAGCUAAAUUUUUAAAAGUUAUUAGGGGGUUCAUGUUUUCUAUGACUGACACUUGAUACAGCCUAUGGGUGUACGAAGAUUGUGUAGCUCACCUGGGGGAUACGCUGUUUGAGCCGAGCAUCACCACAGCGACUCUCGGCAACCUGCCAAAUGCGCACAGUGCUACUGCGCAAGUGGUGGAGAAAUAUACCGAGAAAGUGGAACCAAGUUGUCCAUAGUAUAUACAGUCUAUGGUUUUGAUCAAUUAGGAUCAACUAUGUAAAACAGCGAGGUAGUAAAACAUCAAUAACUGCUAUGGGAAAAUACUCAACCCACAACAAGUGACAGGAUACAACACUGGGCUGCCAAAAUAACUCCAUAUUGGCUGCAGGAGACUUCCAAAACAAGACAAAGAGAAAUCUACGUUUACAAAAAUGAUCAAACAUGAAAUGAAAUGGUCGAACUGGAUCAUGACAGACACUUGGAUUAUUGUGUUCCUGCUCCAGUCUCAGCUGGGGACCUUUUGUUGCAUGACAGCCCCUGUCUCUGCACCUCUUUAUUCUCACCUCAUCAGUAUCUGUGAACAGGCAUUAUUGAGGGCCUGGAUGGGGAGGAAGACUUAAUACUCCAUGCUGAGAAUUCACAGCAGUCCAGGAUCCAGAGGUCUGGGAAUGCCACUGUGAAAAAAAAAAAGAUGCUCUCUGAUCCUCUGGCUUAAACGCUGACACAUCCCUCUUCUGUACUUAUGCGCGCCGUAAAUGACUGGGUAGUCUUCAACCAUAUUAUUAGUGUUGCUAUUAUUUGCGGUUCUCCAGUUUAAUGACUGUGCAGCUGAGGACACAAAAGGAUGAAGACCACGAAGACCAUUAAAGCUCUGCUCAUUUCUUGGUGUGUGAUUUAUUUAUUUAUCUGUUUUUAUGAGCGCUGUUGCUCAUUUACAGUGAGGAGAGCAGACAGCGGCUUAUGAAGAAAAGCCCACAGUAUUAUAUCAAGAAUACUAAUGCUGCUCUUAUAACAAGUGGCCCCACGUUUUUGAACAGACUCCGCAGCUCAUCAGCCAACGUUUUCAGCUGAAGGGAGUUUGAAAGCGGCAGCAAAGUCUUAGCGGAUCAUAAUCAAACUUGUCUUAUGAUUUUGGAUUUAGCAGACGCUCUCAUUGUCAGAUAAGAGAAUUUUCUGGAACUGCUGAAUAAUUUAGUCUCACCCGAUGGUGGAAGCCAGACUUUGCAUCUCUCUUUGAUAAGGCUCUCCUCCGCCAGCCUCAAAAAAACUCAUGCUCUUCUUCUCCAACACGCUACAGAAUCUAGUAUUCCUCUCAUCCAGCCUCACCAUGGCAACGCGUGUCAUCUCGCUUCAUGUGCUGGAGGACGUAAUCCGGUUGUCUGGAGCAACUGUUGGUUGAUUGGGAGGGAAAGCAGAGGGAAAGUGGGGGAUGUGGAACCCCUUAGGUAAGGCGAGCACUCCCCUGACCUAUUUAGAUCACAGCGACAGGCCUUUGUUAUGGUCGCCUCAGGUCCUCCACUGGAAAAUCUCUCACCUUUGAGUGUAUCUCUUUGUAGGAAUGAGCUGCACUUGCUCCCCUCAUAUUACUGUAUUUACCAUAAUGGCUGCUCUGAUUUUGAUAGAAGUUUCAGAAACGCCUCAAAUGCUGCCUAAAAUGUGGAAUCAGGUUUGAAUAAAAAUGCCAAUCCAUCCACAGGUCCAAAAUUGAUAUAAUUAAGCCAUCAAAUCAACGAGUUUCAGUGGAACCACUUCCUCCUGCCUCCUGGGCUGAGAGUAUUUGAUGUGCUGCCUGGAGAUGUUCACAUUGACAGUAUGUGAAAUUGAAAACACCAUUUCACCUCAACUUCAGCCUGAGAGUUUCUGGUUGUGAUUAUCUCAAUGCUUGCCGGGCUGUAAGUUUCAAAAAUAGGGUCAACAUUCAUAACUGAAGUAAUAAAAAAAAAGGAACGAUAUUCACACUGAAGGAAACACACUGAUUCUAUAUCCAGCAAUCUUAUUAUAGCUCAUGUAAGGAACUAAUUUAGGUAAAUCAUCAUGAGGUAUCAUCUGACACCAACCCCAAAGUAGUAACUAGGGAUGCACCCAUCCGAUAUUUGGUAUCGGUAUCAGUCCCGAUUCUGAAGAAAAUUCUAGAUUGGGUAUCGUGAAGUAGAACUUAAAAAGAGAGUAUUUUAUAAAGAAAGUGACUCACAGCUAGGGAUGCAUCGAUCCGAUAUUUGGAUCGGAUAUCAGCUCCGAUAUUGACAAAUAACUGAAUCGGAUAUCUGAUGAAUGAGGCCAAUCCAGCUUUCCCGAUCCAGUCUUUUGUUUUUCUUUUAAUAAAUAUCAUACACAACAACACAGCGAUUCUGUUCGCCCUGUCUCUCUUUUUGCGCUAAAUGUUUACAUGGAGAAGUCUAACUUCAUUUUGCUGUGUGCUAAUGUGCAAUUCGUUAUUUGUUAAUAAAGAAUAUUAAGUAAAUUUAUAUCUGUGUUAAUUUGUUACCUUUUUUUUUAUCAGAUAUCGACCGGUAUGCUCAGCCCAGGUAUCGGAUUGGAUAGAGGAAAAAAUGGACCAGUGCAUCUCUACUUACAGCUCAUUUUGCACAAGUCCCACCUCUGUCAAGGCAAAUAGCCAAUCAUAGCUCAUAAUACUGGGGUAGCACAAGGGCUGGCCAAUCAUUCCAGUGGGGCCUGUGCCACCCCUGGUCACAAGUGUACACACCCCUGAAUAUACUUGCACAGUGCCCUUAUCAUGGAUGUAUUAUGGUCGCCCCAGUGAUGACUUCCUAAAAAACUGAUUUUCCAUCUAUUUUUGGCAUCACUAUUAAAGAAUAUCUCAGUAUGGGCUUAGCAGAGAAUAAACCUGUGAGUCAGAGCUGCUCCGAACAAAAAAAAAAAAAAAAAUCAGUGUUUUUUUCAGUGUUCCUAAACAGAAUCAAAGCAGAGAGAUGUGUCAAACAAAUCAUUUCCAUACAGACUUUUUUUAAAAACUUACUUCAAAGUUUAUUUAUUCAUUUAUGUAGACUCUCAAUUCUGACUGGCUGUCAGACUGUCAAAUAAAGACACAAAAAAUAAAGUUUUCUGACUUUCUCUGAGCCAGCCAAUACAGUUCAGUCUGAUCAAAUCCACACAGAGAUGACACCACGGAAAAGAUAUGAAAGAAACUACCAGAACAUUUCUAGUCAUGAGGAGUCAAUCUUAAUGAAUCCAGUAUGAUUUCUGUGGACUGGUUUCUCCCGAUUGAAUAGAGACUUGUAGAUUUUCCCACUGUGGACCACCAGAUCUAUGCAUCCCUAAUGGUUCCCUGCUUUAUUGAUGCGCUGAACCUCUUUACAAAUGAUCAGCCUCACUGACUAUGGCUGCUGCUAAUUGCUAGCAAUGAUUAAAAGCCUUCUGGAAAAAAAAGGCUUAUACUGCGGGCCCAUCGACCACCAGAUAGCUGGCUCUUAUCCGACAUGCAAUCCAUACUACCGCAUUCACUUGUGUGCCUACAAGGUGAACUAAUCCUCCCGUGACAGCGAUCUAAACAUCGGUAUUAUUUUGUGCGCAUAUUUGUCAUUGCAGCCAAAUCAGACGCCCAGGAUUGUCCCUGAAGUGCCCUGUUUGUGGGAGUCAAAGCUGUGUGUUGAUUUGCGAGCGUCCUUGGCGUUCAGAGAUUACUGGGGUUUUAAUUUAUCUGAGUGUUUUUGGUUUGCAAAUCACAGAAUAUAACAUUUAAGAAGCCACAUUUUACAGCUUUUUUUUGGCACGGAGCUUAACUGAGUCUGUACGGUAUUUUUAAAAGACUUAAUCCCUCAACGGAGAUGGCAUUAUACCUCUCAGUGGCUCACGUCUUUUACUAGAGCUCCGCGUCAGUCAGAUGCAGGGUUCAAGAGUUGCCUUUUAAAUGCAGCCUCUUUUUUUCACAGGACUAAUGCUCUCCAGCCCCUGAGUGGUUCUCAUGAUGUCUGACGGAACAAUGUGAAAUCAAAGCUGCGCGCUCGGAGCGUUUCGUAGAGUAAAAGUGUUGAGCAUCAGGGAACGUCAGAACAGAUUAAAAGCCUUUCCACCCUGCUCCUCUCUCUCUUUUUUUCCACAGACUUUCCCCUUCCCUCUCUGCCUCUUUGUCUCUCAAACACACUCCCUCCUUAUCUUCUUUUUGCAACUUAGCAAUGCUAUCUCCUUUCAUCUGUCCUCUUCUCUUCUGCUCGAUGCCUUCCCCUUCUUUCCCCCUUUUUGCCCCCCUCUCCGCUCCUCCUCUCCUCUUCUCCUCUCUCUUUUCCUCUCCUCUGUCUGCGGGGCCUAAGAUGGAGUGGCUCCGUCGCACAGAGCUCAUAGUUAAUUAGGCUUGGCCUUGUCACACAUUGAGGGCUGGAGCCAGAGUUGUUGCUUAACCCAGUGGGGAGGCAAGGACAGAGAUGGAGAUCUGGAACAGUUGGCGUCAAUCUAUUGCCUGCUGCUGACAAAGGCAGACACCAUUCCCCUGCCCUGUAUGCAGGAAGACCCUGUCCACGUGUUAGGGCUGCAUUUAUCACACAAGAUUAGGAUUAAAGGUGCAUUGCUGCACUGCAUCAUGCUGGUUCAGAUUAGCAUAUUAUUUAUCAAUCUUAAGGGAUUUUUCCUUUUUUCUCUAUUUUUGGAGGUGAUUGGUUGUUAGAGCUCUUGCUGCUGAAAUACCUUCAUCUCACACGAUGUUGGCAAACUGUACCUCAUAACCUAAUGCUGAUCUUACUUGUGUGCAUCUUACGAGUGUCAUCUGAUGAAAAGUCUCGAUCUGUUUUCUUUUAACAGCCAACUCUGUAUAAAUCUUUGCAGUACCAAAUGUCAACAACAAAAGCUGGUUCCUCAGCAGGCUGUAAAUCACUUCAUCUAACUCUUGGCGUCGGUUUCUGGCGUCAAAAUUAAGUCAAUAAAAAUCAUCAGUCUUGUUUCUGAUGGUCUUUGUUUCCUUUGUUGGUGCCAUCAGUCUUAAUUUCAGCCUGUUUCAUCAUCUGCUAAAAAAUCAAAGUUCAAGUGAUGCCAGUUGAAAGAAAAUCACUCAACACUCAUUAUGUAUAUUAUUUUCUAUUAUACUUAAAGGAGCAGUACAAACAAUUAGUUGAUAAUAUCAUUUCAGUCUGGGAGGAGUAGCUGUUUUUUUUUAAUACUUCAUUGCUUAUAUUGGUGUCUGCCUCAUUUCAGCUUUUAACCUUAAAGCGAUAUUCCGGCAUAAAGUUAAUUUAGGGUCAAACACACAUAACACUGAGUUAGGCACCUUUUGAGAGAUGAAUGUUGCCGACUGCACAAUAGCAAUACACAGCUGUCUGAGGAGCCAUAAACAAAUCUCAACCAAAACGCCACUCUGUAGCCACAAAUGAUGCUCAGAACAACACCUAACUUCAUCAACAGUACAUAUAAGGUCCCAGCCAUAGUUCUAGCCACCAAACAACUUUUUAACUGACUCACAUGUAAUGUUGGGGUAAAUAUGGCUACUGGAAUAGUCAGUAGACAAUCAAAAUCAUUCAACAGUUUCCCUGGUGUUAAAAAUGCAGACUAAAAAUCCAGAAAAUCGACAAUAUCGUGGAAUCGGAAAAAUAAAUCGAACCAGCAUCCAAAAAAUCGUGAAAGAAUCGAAUCAGGAGAAAAGCAUGUAGUCACAGCCCUAAUGGACACCUUUUCUGUAGUCUGUUUAAGUCAAAGUAUCAUCUAAACUAUACUUGUGCCAUGAGGACGACUUUUACUGCAAAAUCUGUUGCUUAGUGAUUUUUUUUUUUGCAGCAGCAACUGUGGGAAAACAUGUAGACAGGAGUCUGUUUGGAGCCUCUGUUUCUAUUAAAAAACAUAAUUUUAGGGUUAAAAAAUACUCAAUACACAAUACACAGUCUGUAGCCCUCAGCAGUGAGAACAAGUCUUCGAUGUGUCCUUAAAGAAAUCCCAUCCUUCUUGUCAGCCAUGUUUAUGUUGCCCUUUAGAGCUGGGACUCUGCAGUAUAAUGAGGAUCUGCAUAGUCUCGCUCCUAUGGAUUGUGUCGCCUGUGUGAAAUAUCCCCCAGCUUAACAGUGUGUACGGCUAUUCAGGAGGAGAAUCAUUUUCCCUCUGUGUCUCUCUCCCUCCCUCUCUCUCUCUCUCUUCGUGUGCUUGAAAUAAAAAGAGAAAAUCCCAUUUCAGCCGUGACAUUCUGCCUGUGUAGCAGAAACAUACAGAGACUAUACAUCAAAGCGAGGCAGAGUGCACAGUGAGGGAAAGGAGGUUUAAUGACGACUGCAGUCUGGAGUGAUAAUAUAGAGCCGCUUAGAGGGAGUCUUGAAGUUGUUAUUCCAAGUAUAAACCCUGCACCAAAUUUAUUUUAUAAGUGUGUAGGGAAUAUGAAACCAGCGGUGUAAUAUCCGCUUCUCCUCCACAUUGUUCAGGCAAUAAAUUCUAGCUUGUGUGUAAUUGGUUAAUCAAUCCGUCAGUGCUUCAAUCUGAAUGCAUCUCGUCUUUUUCUGUGUUUGUCCUCCGGCAGGUUCCACAUACAGCGUUCUCUCCACGAUGCCCUCUGACUCAGAAAGCAGCAGCUCCCUCAGCAGCGUUGGUACGUUUAAUGACCUGAGAUGCCUGUUAUUUUGUAUUUGUGUCAAACCAGGUCAAACAGGGUCUUUAUGACUUCAAACUAAACCAUUACGGUGAAAAAAAGACUUUUCAGUAUGGCUGAAAUAUGGCCUGUGGGAUGUUUAUGCUGAUGUUAAUGUAAAUGUUUAGAUAAGAUUACAGCGUUUGAUAAAUUUCAUGUUUUCAAACCCUAAAAACACUCUCGUUUCAGUCGUUCCUUAAGGAAGCCAUGCUUGCCUUUCCCAGGUUUUGACAAAGGUCCAAAUGACUCAGCUGUGUUACAUAAACCUCCAAAAGGGCCAAAUGCUGAGCCAAAGAUGGACAUAAUCCUCCAAUUUCUCGCCAUGUGUGUUCUUUUGCAAUGAAGAAAACAUCUUUUCAAAUGACUCUUUUAUUAUUCUGUGGUAUUUUUUGAGGGGAUGUGUUUUUUUUUUCUGUCAAGGACUCGUAGAGAAACAGAAUGACCUUGUUAUUUCAAAGAAAUCCUCUUUUGUUAGGAUCAAUCAAGUACAUUUUAAUGUCAGGCACAAAUAGAAACACAACAUGUUAUAAAAGAAGCAAAAGAGGGAUAGAGAGACAGAUUUCUUCAAAAUACAAAGACGUGAAGUGUCUCUGUGUGGGUUAUUAUUCCUCUGCAGAUACCUACGUGAUGUUAAGUUUAAUCGAAGUAUACAUACGCUCUUUUAGUACCCACACAUAAAACUCCAGUUACGUUACAUCACCAAAUCCAAAUCCUAUCUGUUGUCCUUGUCUUAUAUUUUCAUGUGAGAGAUCAGUAUUUGAUUUAGUCUUGUAAAUCCAAGGUACAUCUUUGCAAACCUCAUGCAUCAGUCUCUUGCAGAUUAUAUUGGAGUUCUAUAACUGACCGUCUUUGCACUGAUGGCCGUGCAAGACUGAACUUUUCAAUGUUUAAGUUUAGUGCAGAGAUUCUUUUUGAAUAAGUAAUCACAUUUAUUCCUCAAAUUUAAUCUCCUGUGUUGAUAAAUGUACAUACUGAUGAUAUCCAUGCACUCAGGGGAAACUCCCCCAGUGUGUCCUGAUCUGUAUCCCCUUGUGCUCACUGACGCAGGUUCUCCUGUGAACGGCGAAGCGUCCUCCCCACCCCCGGCUAUCAAUGACAACCGGCCAUCCGGCGACAACCUGGACACCAUCCUGUUCCAGCUCCGCCAGGUGACGAGGGAGAGGGAUGAGCUCCGCAAGCGUCUGGCGUUGGCAUCGCCCGGGACCACCUUCGACGACUGCAGGUCUGACUGCCAAGUCAUCACUGUUAUUAUUAGUGUCUUUUUUUCUGUCUAUUAACACUUUUAUUUGGCCGCUAUCUAUGAUUAUGUCUCCUGAAAUGACUGUUGGGUGUUUAUAAGCUCAAAUGAAGCCAAAACUAUUGACUCUGACAGGAAACUCUUCACUUAAAGAGCAGCAAACUUUAUCUUUGGCGAUGUUUACUCUCUUGAUUAUUAGAGUCAUGUUUGUAACCAUGUCCUGAGACCGGGUGAAAUGUUGACACCCACUUCUCUGUUUAGAUAAUGCUGACUCUACCUUGCAGAAAUGGGGCACUGACACUGUCUGCUUCAUCAUGUUUAAUGUGCUCCACUUACGGAUGAUGCGAUAGCUGUCUUACUGACACCUUCGUACACUCAGUCUCAUGACUUUGUCCUCAUAUCUGGUCCUUAUUAUUACUACACUAGGCUGCUGAAUAAAUAGAUAUAUCUGUUUUGUUUGUUCUCAAGGCCAAACUCUAAAGCCAGCCACGACUACGAGCGCUUGAAAAGUCAGUGCAUGAGGGCCAUGGCAGACCUGCAGUCCCUCCAGAACCAGCACACCAAAACACUGAAGAGGUGCGAGGAGGCUGUGAAAGAGGCCGACUUCUACCAGUGAGUACUCCAAGUGCCUCUUCUCUUGUUAUUAGCAAAGGACUCUUGACAAUCCUUUUCAAUUCAUAUAAUUACUCAUAAUAUCAUCGCUGUCUGAUGAAAAACACGUAUCUCCACUUUUAGCAUUCUGGACUUUAUUCAACACAUGUAUGGUCCAUAAUCUUCCCUAACAACCUAAAAAUGACCAAUGGAAAGACAUUUUAUAGCAUCAUCUUUUAAACAAGUAUCUCCAUUGGGUGUUGGAAGUUUCAACAAAGCACGUGUCUCCCACCCUGGCACUGCGUUGUCAUGCCAGCAAACAGACUUUACACUGUGACAGACUCACUACAGUUCAGGGUAAUGCUACACUAAUGUCCUCACAUCGACUGAUGCCGACCUAAAACUUUGUUCUAACCAUGACAGUGUUGCUUACCUGUAUGUUAGAUAUCUUGAAGUUCAUCCCCAUAGGCAAAGCUGCUGCUGUUUUCUCUCUCACACUCGGUCGCGGACACUAGGGCAUGUUAAAUUGAGAGCCGUGACUCAAAAAGGUUGAAACCAAUGUGUGCUAUGUGGAAAUGUAGGAUAGCCCGCUAUCAAUAGUUUGUCAACAUAGUGGGACGUAAACAGGAUACUUGAAACUCAUCAAUAAUCAAAUGUCAUUGGAGUGCAUUAUUAAAAAAACACAUAUGUCCACUAUCACUCACAACGCAAAGCACAUAAGUCGGUUUAAAAUAUCAAACAGGUCACUGAUGAGUGUGUAAAUAUGAAUAAUUACAGUGUUUUGGGUUUAUCCUGUAAGGUAGUCUAUGAAUAAAACUGUUUUUAAUGCUUGGUGAUACGUGUUUUUUAUUGGACAGCAACGAUGUGUGUCUCAAAGUCAGCGGCGUGCAGACAGCAGUGCAUGCAUGUCCAUGCUCAUUACUGAAGUGCAAAAGUUGGAUGCCCAAGAUGAGCAUCCUGUCACAAGCCACCUGCUGCUUUUCAGCAGAGAAACAAUUACGUUUUAUUGCAUUGUUUUACUGGAAUUGUAGCGAGCACUGGCAUGGUGUUGCAAUUAACCUAAUUGAAAGAACAUCCCUCGGAGCUACAGCUGGCUUUCACAUUGAAAGCAAAUUGGUUGCUACAGAAAAAAAAGAACACAGAGAUGCAUGGUUUUAAAAACCUGGAAAAUGAGUCAUUUAUGUGAUUGAAUUAUUUUUUUAUAACAGCUCAUAUAAACUGGGGCUGGAAUACUGCUGGAAAAGCUGAUCAUACACAGCACUGGCUGUUUGAAAGUGCAGCCAGUGGUGAUAUUUUCUGAAAAGGAGAUGAUAACUUGUCAAAUUAGUUGAAUGAAGAGAUUUUUGGACUAAUUUAUUUUUGUGAAAAAACUAUAUUUACAUGUGUGCAGGACAAAAUUAGGAACUUAAUCUUCAACAGUAAAACAAAUCAAAAUUUCCUCACAGGAGCUUGUAUAUUUAUUAUCAGAAAAAGUACAGCAGUUUUAACCCAUUAAGACCUGAACCCUGUCUGAGACACGCCUCUGAAAUCCUGAGGGCAAUUUUGAGAAGAGCCUCCAGAUCCUGAGGUUUUCUGAAGUGUUGAGGUUUACAAAAAGAGCAGAUAUCUCAGCCUCUGUAGCAGAUGAAAACACAAUUCAAAAGAUAUUUUAGAGCUUACACUUUCAAGAUAACUAUCUUUUAUUUUUCCGAACCUUCAUCAGAUUUUUGAAAACCUUUGAACAACAAACUCAAAUAAAGUAAAGGGGCUGUAUACAUAAAAGUAAAGGCUCUACACUGGAGAAUAACAAACAGUUUGCUUUCUGUAAAACAAGUGGCAGUCAUGAUAAAGUGUCCAUUCAAUACAAAUGAAAAUAUAGAAAAAUAAAGUGUUAAAAGGGUAUGCAGCUGCCCUAGUAUAGUGCCAGUACAAAAGCAGCACUAAAAACUGAAAAUUAAUAAGUAACUGACGGUGUGUUCAUGUCUGUGCUCACCUAAAGUCAUGCAAUGCUCACAGAAAACGACGACAGUGUUAGCCAAAGACCUCAAUAUGAAGAGGUUGUUCACACUGCUGGACUCUUCUGGGUGAAGGUUGAUAUGUACACGCUUCUCCUGGCUUGGGAGGUUGAAAUACCUACAUGCACCCUGUUGAAAUGCGUACAUGCUGUCCUGGUGUAAAUGGGUUAAACCUCUACAGACGUUUGCCUUUCAGAGGGUUAAGUCUCUUGAAUAACAUCCACAAUCAAACUCUCCUGGACAUGACUUAAAUUUUAGAUUUAACAUUUGUCCUCCCCGCUGGGCCUUUCAGGUCCUGUUUACCCAACACCGUCUGUUAUCUACAUUUGCCUGUUUAAUCUGCCUCCUCUUGUGUACACAUGUGCGCCUCCCCCUCCCCAGCAUGCUGCACAGCCGCGUCCUGGGAGAACAGACGCAGCUGAAGGAGGAGAUGGAGACGCUCAGGAGAGAGAACGCCCAGCUCGUCCGAGAGCACAACCACGUGAAACAGAACUGCGAGGAGCUCAAACGGCUGCACGGCCAAGACCAGAAAGAGCUGGCGGAUCUCCGGCUGCAGCAGCAGCAGGUAAAGAGUCCACGUGUGCACAAACACAUGCGCACGUACGCACACUGACAUGUGGGUGUGUGCCGCAGCUGACCAGAUGUUAUAAGGGCAUGAAUUGCCUUCAGAUAUUUGCUGAUGUGACACAGACGCCCGAGUAAAUAACAAAUCCUACAGCUUUUUCAUAUCUCUAAAUUCUGAAGUCAUGCACUUUAAAAGCCCGGGCCAUAGUGCCAGUCGUCUUUUAUGCACUGAAUACUUUGUUCUGAACAGUAGAAAGGAGCUUUGACCCGUAUUGGACAACUGUGCAGUACUGUCUCACACAGCACCCAUGGGAACACUGCAGUGCUUAAGAGCACAGGGCAGCCAAGCAGAGGGAAGUGCAUACAGAGCAUUUCUGAAAAGGGCAGGCGCAGAAAAAGAAAGGGCUUCUGCUUGGGCAAAGGGCACACUGACCCAAACCGUGUAACUACAAGAUCAGUGAAUACGCAGUGUGUUGCUGCGUAGACGAGGUCAACGCAGCCCUCGGGUCACAGCAGUGGGAGAGCUACAUCAGCUAGACCCGCAGUAAUGAGACAUCCACUCCCACAGGGGAUGAAUAAUGCAGUCUGAAGGACACACCGCACAUAGAACAGAUAAAUUUGCAGCCGAGCCAUUUAGUCCCUGUCCUUAAAUGCCAAAAAUAAAAUAAAAUAAAUAAAAAUCACAUUGUCUAAGCUGGCAGAGGAUUUGCUCGCACUGUAAAAAUAGAUUCUGCCAUCACUUUGAUGCCAUCUGCUGCUUUAGGUGGGGCACAGCAAAAAAAUAAAACAAGCUUAGCUCAAUUUAAUCAGCGACAACAAUCUGAACGCCGUCACUUGUUUAUCAUUUGACUCUUCUUCUUUUCAGGUAAUGAGAGAGAAGGGCUCCUCGGAGGUGCUGAACAAACUCUACGACACGGCCAUGGACAAGCUGGAGGGUGUGAAGAAGGAUUAUGACGCCCUGAGCAAGCGCUACAGUGAAAAGGUGGCGAACCAUAACACGGAUCUGAGCCGUCUGGAGCAGGCCGAGGAGGAGAAUCGGAGGCUGCAAAAACAGAUGGAUGCACUGCUCAAACAGCGAGACUCGGCGAUGCACUACCAGCAGCAGUGCUCCACAUCAAUGAGGAGGUAACAGACGCAACACAUGGAGUUUAAGAUGAGAAGCAGAGUUGAAACAGCAUUUAAUAUGAGAUGUUGUUUAAAUUGUUCAUCCCUAACCCUUCCAGGUUCGAUUCCGUGCAACAAGAGCUGAACAAGUCCGCGGCUCAGAACAAGGAGCUGCAGAGAGAGAUGGAGCGCCUGCAGUCCGAGGUGACGCGCUACAAGAACCUGCAGCUGAAAGCGUCUAAGGACUGCGACAAGUUCAAGGAGGAGCGGGACUCGGUGUUCAACGAGUACCGUCUCAUUAUGAGCGAGAGGGACCAGGUGAUCAAGGAGCUGGACAAGCUGCAGACGGAGCUGGAGGCAGCUGAGGCCCGGCUGAAGAACACGUCUUCAGAGAGGGUGGUGGCCAGUGAGGAGCUGGAGGCGCUGAGACAGGUAACAAGCCUGGAAGUUAAUUAAAUUUACAUGCACUACUUCAGUUUGUUUAUCUGUAUCCGUCUUGAAGCUCAGGGAAUCUUCUAAUCAAAAUUUUAUAAACACUUUUGGUUUAUUUAAGACUUUAUAAAAAAAAAGCAAGGUUUUGAUUACCUGGUCAAGUUGGACCCAACAUCCAGUUUAUUAUCGACAACAUGCAAAAAAACUCCAAGAGACGGGUGCCGAUAGCCACGCGGACUAGGUGCACCUAGACUUCACCAGGUUCAAUUCCACCCUGUGGAACCCUUUCCUGUAUGUAAUUUCCCGUCUUUUUUAGCCCUAAUCCUGAUCUUUUCACUUUAUUCUUUUAAUAAAAGCCCAAAAAUAAAUUUAAGUUGGAGAUUGCUAUGGCAAAUUGAAAAAACAAUCUUGUGGUCCUUGUACGUAGUAUAAUUUUUUCCCCUGUGUAUCUAAUCGAACUGGAAGAAAAAUUAAGUAGAGAAAACUUUUUUUUCAUUGUGUUUAUUGUUAUUUUUUGGUUAAAGUUAAAGUGAAAUUAGAUUUAUCAAUAUCCAGCACUCAGAUUUUAGCGCACAGUGGUCACCCCUCCUGUCUGUGGAGCAAUGUGCGUCUAAAUAUGAUCCUCAAUUUAUCGAGUAAUCUUUAACAAUCAAAACAACAACCACUUUUUCCUUCAUUUUUUUUCUUUUGCCUUUAGCUGGUGUAUUUUUUGCAUUCAUUAAAAAACGCAUAUGACCUUUACAUGUAAACAUGGCAGAUCACGAUAGCAGCCUCUGCAGAAAAGGACCAGCUGUUUAGUCGAAACUCACUCAAAGUUUGAAAGUUUUGCUUCUUCUGCAAGAUUAGGAUGAGAGGACACCAAAACAUUUUAAAUAUGUAUGAAUUUCAGCUCGCUUUAAGACCCCAAAACAAGUCCAGAGUAAGUGCACGGCUCUGUUCAAAGUCAACAAAAUCAGUUUACUUACUACUCUGAUUAGUUCAUACUUUUGAGGCUGAACCAUUAAGAACUAACUGGCCUGAAUGAAAUGAAAUAAAUUAUUGCUUUAGUGCUUGAGUUUCUAACAUAUGUGACAUGUUACAUGUUGAUUUUCAGCCCCAAAUUAUUUUAUUUUGUUUUAUCUCUUCGUCAUUUUUUUAUUCAUAAUCUAACUGUUAUUUGACACUGAUAGGUCUCAUGCAAAGCCAUGCCCUCUGGCUGUAUAUUCACUGUCCAGACAUGAUGGUGAUACUGACCAUCUCAUCAAAGCAGCCGUCACUAAGAGGAUGAACUUUUUACUUUUUAGAAUUAUAAUUUCUUUUCAAAAGUUGGGUGUGAAGCUUUUUAAAGGUUUUGAAUAAAACUUUUCUCGUCAUCGCUCAUCCCUCACAGCUUCCCCUGAGAGACACGCUGUCUCCCUGACAGUUACCGUGUUAACUAUUUCCUCUGUGAGAAUUUUAUAUCAACCUGUCAGGUUUUUAGCGCGUCUGUUCAUAACUUGGGCCAGGCGUCGACUCUUUAGUCGGCGGAUCAAAGGCCAUAUUCACCAAGGACACCGCUUAGAAAGAGUUGAGCUCCAGCUCCUUCUUUUUGAAGAAUAUUACUGAACAGAGUGGUUGACAGACAAAAGAGAUUCCUAACUAGUGUUGGAUGACUCUGAGUUGGCCCUCAGAUCAUUUCUUCACAUCGCAUUAAUGACUCACAGAUCGGAGAUGCCCUCAUUUCACGUCAGCCUCUCUUUGUUCUGUGGCAGGAGUUGAACUCGUCGCUGGUGGACCGCGACCGGGCCAUCUGUGAGAGGAACGAGCUGCUGGAGAAGUACUGCCACGAGGUGAAGGACAAGGCCGAAGCCCAGAAGGAGCUGAGCCAGGCCUGCAAAGACAUCGAGAUGGUGCGGGAGGAGAGGGACGUGGCCCGCAAGGAGAGGACGGAGGCCAUCAUUCAAAGGGAUCAGCUGCUCCGAGAGUACUAUCAGGCCAGACAGGUGAGACACGCACGGCACCUCAGAUUUACCAGCGCAAAGUCUGAGGUUACACACAUGAGAAAGAGCUUAGUGCAUCCAGAAAGCUGUCAGCUAGUGGAUUAGUGAAUCUCAGUGGUGCGACACAUUAGCCGAUUUAGGUCACACCUUUUUCUGGAGCUCUGCUGGCCCGCAACAUGGUCAUCUUCAAAAACCUGCAGGUGGACUGCUGUGAAACCCUCACCUGCCAAAAAAACUGUGGCCUUUUUGGACAGUUAUUGUCACUGAUUGUUUGUCUGCCUCUAAUAAGUUGCUAAAGACACAAUCUUCAACUAAAUAAAUGUAGUUCUUAAAAAAAAACUUGGCUUGAUAAUGUUUGAGUGUUUUUGGGACAUUGCCUGGCAGAUUUUUAACAUUAACUCCAAAAGCAAACAUGUAUAAAAAAGAUUUGUUGGAUUACUGAUAAUUUUUGUUGGUUUAUCUCCCCUCAUGGUGUUUGUAGAAACAAGAUUCGGCCACCCUGGACAUGGAACGAGCCAAUAAGGAGAUCGAGGUGCUGAGGAAACAGUAUGAGGCCAUGUCGCAGGAACUGAAGGAGGCCACGCAGGAGGCUGAGGUGGCCAAAUGUAGACGGGACUGGGCCUUUCAAGAGCGGGAUAAAAUUGUGGCUGAGAGGGAGAGCAUAAGGUCAGUGUGUGAGCAGGUUUCGACAGAAAUGGAGGCGAUGCACAAUUCAUCGAUCUCACUGGCUAUACCUGCUCCUCCUCACAUCCUUUACUCCCAUAUCCACUCGUCUCCUCUCUCCUCUCCUUCCUCAGGACUUUGUGUGAUAACCUGCGGCGUGAGAGGGACCGGGCUGUCAGCGAUCUGGCUGAUGCCCUCCGUAAUCUGGAUGAUAUGAGGAAACAGAAGAACGACGGGCUGCGUGAGCUCAAAGAGCUAAAGUGAGUCUGAAGCCGUGAACGUGAUUCUAGAGUACAGAAAUGAUUUAUUUACAAUCCAAGGACGGUUCUUCUGCAUUUAAGCAAGCUCAGAUCACACUGUCUCUGCUAAGCCAACAUCUUGUGCUGCACUGCCUUUGUCCGUUUGAGCUGUUGUACUCAGUGUGUGGCUGUGCGUAAGCUGUGAUAUUUUGCCUUCAGAGACUUUAUAGUUGUUUGCCUGGCACCAUUUCUGCAUGCCCGGAUUAAAGUGUAAUCCGGAGACGCGGCAAUGUUUUGGACACACAUACUCAGUUUCUCACUCUCUCUUUCCCUCUCUGCCUUUUGAUAGCUCCAUAUUGAGUGUAAAAGCUCCCCCUGCUGGCUAAAGUAUAUACUACAACUUUCCUCAUUUCACAGCUUUGAGCAGAGUUUACAAUGUGCUGUGAUUUAUAGACCUUGCUCCUCUUCACUCUUGUCCAAGUAAAGAAAGAUUGAUGCUUUAAAGGCACUGCUUUAAUCUCUUACAGGACACAAUGUAUCGAGCCGACAAAGUGGCAUCAUGAGCAGUCCACUUUCAGUUUUCUUAUGCCUAAAUAUAAAUUUGAUUUAACCAUAAAUGUAAGACAUUUGCUGAUCUGGGAAAAGCUAAAAUAGUUUGGAGACUAAUAACAUUUAAACAGGUCAAAACUCAAGUCAACUUUAUUUGUAAAGCACUUUAAAACAACCACAGCUGAACAAAGUGCUGUACAUAAAUAGACAAAACAACACAGACAUAAAUAACAAUAAAAAAACAAUUAAAACAAUGGAUAAAAUAAAAGCAGAUAUUAAAAAGAAAAAUACAGUUUCAAUGUUUUUGACAAGUUUUAAAAAUGGACAGUGUGGGGGCUCGUCUGAUUUGGAGUGGUAUAAUUUAUAACUUUUCACAUGUAAUGAAAUACCAAACAAGAAAAUCACAGCAGGCAUCCUCAUGCAUACAAAAUCCAGCAAGAAUAACAUAUCAUAAAUCUGAAGAUAUCAUGGCCAUAACAAUUUUAUUUAAUUGAUCGGCAUCCAAUUUCUUUCCAAGCAGAAUAAAUUGAAAGAGUUAAAUGGAUAAAAAAAAUCUACAGGGGUAAAAUUACAGAAACAUUGUCGAUAAACACAGGGAGUGAAGUAUGAGAAAAUGUUAAAGCUCCUGUGGGACAGCAAACUAGAGUCCUGACAGGGUUAUCAGGGAGAGAGGUCAUUUACCCAACUCCAAGUCAAAAAACAUGAGCAAACUGACACAAAAUAGUGAUUUGAAGAUGACCUCUCAAGUUGUGCUGCCUUUGCCUGGAUUGUAAGACAGGAUGUUUUAAUUUGAUUUGAUUUAUUUUUUGAUCCACGAUUAGUUACAACAAGAUACGCAGUAACUGCUCUUCCUGGGGUCCUUAUCUUCUUUUCCAUUUUCCAUUUUGAACUGAGACAUAUACUUACAGACAUUACACUUACAUGACACUCAUUCUUCACUUCAUUUAUACAGUAGCUCUUAAUCUUUCUUUCUUGUGUAAAAAUAAACCAAUUCAUGAAUAAGAUGAAGAAAGAAAAGUGAAAAGACAAAAAAGAAAAACAGAACUUAUGUUAGGGAUAACAAGAAAACUUAAUCCAUCAGAGAGAAGGGCUGAAAUUUCAUUUAUGGUACUCCAUACAUAAACAAAUACACAUUUAACUGUUUGUUAAAGCAACUUCUGUUAAUGUCUGAAAUCAAAAAGUUAGGUCAUAAAUAAAUGUGGACAGGAUGUUUUUUCACUCUUUACUGGUUAGAGCCCAGUCUGUCAUUCCUCAACUCUCAAUACCAACAUGAGGUGGAAACUAAAUGAUGACCAAUUGAGAUGGAUAACAACAACUGACAUUGUUGUCACAGUGUUGUUGUCACAGUGUCAACAGGCAGAGGUGAACUGACCCUCCAUGUUGACUGAUUUCACAUUAAGUGUAUGAUCUGGUUCUCCCCUGGUAUCAAGUUUGCUCUCUUCUUUUACUCAGAGUAAAAGAAGUUAUUGACAGAGAUUACAUGACAUGCAGUCAUUUUGAAGUGAUACAUACAGGUUGUAGCUUGAUAUCUACCAAAAAACAAAGUAAAAUAUGUGAACUCUUCAUAUUUUUUACCUACAUCAUCCAAUGAAAAUUUGCUGAAUUCUACUUCAGCUCCUUUUAAAGUUUUAUCUUUAAAAAAAAAGAAAGAUUAGUUUACUUUUGGUCAGGAAAUCUCAAGUUUCCGGUGCUCGGACUUGGUCAUGUGUGACUGUUUCUCUCCGUUGUCUCUGCCUAUCCAUCCCCACAUGACUAACCUUUGACCCCCCCCUGUGCCAUGUCUCUCUUUGUUUAGAGAGAAGAUGGAGAGCCAGCUGGAAAAGGAGGCCCGGUUCUGUCAGCUAAUGGCCCACAGCUCGCACGACUCGGCCAUCGACACGGACUCCCUAGAGUGGGAGACAGAGGUGGUUGAGUUUGAGAAAGACAGGGUAAGAGCAGCGCUCAGCUCCUAUUACCGAGAGUGAUUUGGUGACAUGCCAGUCUCCUAAAAGCCCCGACAGAGCUUCAAGACUGCCAAAAGUUGAUGAUAUUGAAACGAGCUUGUCAAAAUGAAAGGAUUUAUGCUGACAUCCAGAUAAUCACUCUUUGCAGGAGGACAUGGAUUUGAAAGCACUUGGUUUUGAUAUCGCUGAGGGGGUAAAUGAUCCAUAUUUGCCAGGAGAUUGUGGAAUAUUUGUUACGAGGGUGGACAAAGGAAGUAUCGCAGAUGGGAGGUUAAGGUAAGAGUCGUCUCAUGAAGCUCUUUUCUAUCCUUGAAGUAAGUAAGGAAAGGUCUCAUCAUGCAGACUUUUGUGUCUUCCAGAGUGAACGAUUGGCUGUUGAAGAUUAAUGACAUUGACCUGGCCAAUAAAGACAGGAAGCAGGUAGUAAAGGCGGUCCUUAACGGAGGGGGUUUGAUCAACAUGGUGGUACGAAGGAGGAAAUCUCUAGGAGGAAGGCUGGUCACUCCCGUUCAUAUCAACCUCGGGGGACACAAAGGUAGAUUCUGGUGCUGGGUUUUAAAGAAUUUUACUCGACUACUUCAUGUUUUUUUAAGCCUCUUUUCUCCUUUGUGCCUCAGACAGCGGAAUCGGUCUGGAAAACGGCGUGUUUGUCACCGCCCUCGUCCAGGGCAGCCCGGCAGCCAGAGAAGGCUCCCUCACAGUUGGAGACAGGCUGAUCGCUGUGAGUCUCGGCUCGCUUUUCAUGAAAAUCCUCUUUGAUUAUAAUAUUUUUUUUUAUUCCCCCUUUUCCUCCACACCCAACAGUUUCCAGCUCUCACAGCUUCCUUUGACUUUCUAAUCCAGGCCUCGCUCCUUUCAAGUAUCCCCACUCCAACCCCCUUCCCUCAGAUAAGGUGCGAUUUGGUUGAGUGUGUGAAGUUGAGGAGUAAAGUCCCCUGCUCGCAUUAAAUCCUCAAAAAAAAAAAGAAAACCUUGCCACUGUAGAGGGCUAGGUGGAGCUGCUGCUUCAUACACUUAAGUGCACCCACUUAGGAGAUGGAGGAAGAGUGUCAGAAACUGAACUAUGCAGCUCUGUCUUUAACAGAAGAGAUGAGGUCGUGUUUUAAACCUAAUCUGACUUAAACUGCAGAAUCUUAGCUCCCUUGUUGGUUUAGAUUAAGAACAAAACCUGCGCGUAACCUUUUAAAUCCCAAAGAACUUCGAUAUCUCUGCUCACCAAUUAGUCGACCGUGAUUUUGUAUUUAAGAUGAUGGCUCAGCUGUUACCACGAUUAGCGAUGGUAAGAACAGAUGAUGUGUAAAGAGAUCUUAAUUGUGGAGGAGUGUCAUGUUUUAUCAGGCCGUGGUUGUUCGUCUCAUUACUGUAUUUUGGUUGUUAAAAAAGUCGAUGAAUGCUGAUGUCAAAAAUAAAGCCCAGGGUGCUGAAUCUGCAUAAACAGAUCUGCUAAAUGCAACUGGAUUUAAGAAGCUAAACUACACGGUAAAGAAAUGCAAAAAAAGAAAAGGUAUCAGACUUUUUCCUGGUUAAAGCAGAAAGUUCUCUCCUGAACCUAUUCUGAGAUAAAUCUCAAACAUAAUGUAUUACUCACUCUGCACCUUAAUAUCUCAGACCGUAUAAAAAAAAAGUCUCUCAAGCGGAGCCCAUUGUGAUGGAAAUGAGUGGAUUGCAGUGUUCUUCAGCCUAAAAUGUGCUGGCCUAGAUUUCUCGCGGUUUCCACACGGCAGCAGAGCGAGACACAUCUCAGGCCCCAGGCACACUCCAAAUCAGGAGAUAUGUCACCUGUAUGUGUUUGUAGAUGCGCAUCUGACACGUCUACAAACACGUAGAGGUGACAGGUAUAAGGGCCCGGAGCCUUGGAGAAGUAUCCAAAGUUGAACUUGCUUUGUUUUGGUGUUGAAGGGCCUGUCCUUAUUUUUCAAUGUCUUUCUCCCCAGAUAAAUGGCAUCGCUCUGGAUAACAAAUCUGUGACAGAGUGCGAGGCUCUGCUGAGGAGCUGCAGGGACUCUCUCAGCCUCUCUCUCAUGAAGGUGGGCUGUGCUCGUCUCUCACUCUGUGCUCCUUUUCUUCUCCACCUGUGCUUGAAGUCUUCAAAAGCUCUCCUCUCUGCUUUAUCAUGCCCUACAUUGCAGUUUUAAAAACUUCAGCUGUGCGGUUUUGGAGAACUAAAUUAUCUGAGUCAUUACCAGUUAAUUUUCCAGAGUAUCAUUUAAAAUGAUGUUCAUUAAGUGUUACUAAUUUCUUCAUCUAUCGUCCCCUCAGUUCUUCCCUCACAGCACAUCAGGCCAGAACAUCUUUGAGAGUCUGCGUGAUUCAUCAGAGAAGUCCAACGGGCGCCUCCACCCGUCGGAGAUUCACUCCCGGAACAGCCGCAACCUCAAACACAACAGCUCAACGCAGACUGACAUCUUCUGCCCGGAUAUCGGGAGCGCCAGCACGAGUAGCAUCUCCGGGGAGAGGCGGAAGGUCAGAGGUGAAUCCGACGAGGCGUACAGUGACAUUAGCAAGCCCUUCUCCACGGGUUCCCUCCACGCCACCAGUCUAAGGCCGGCGUCUGACUUGGGUGGAGGCCGCUACAGCGCUUUCUCGGAGUGCUGCCCCUACACAAAGGCACCUUCCUCCCUGCCCUUUGACCCUGUCUCUGCCUCAGACUGCAUCACCAUGGAGACGACCCUGGAGAAGAAGCACAGCGGGGGCACAUGGCCAAAAAUGAUGGUUGGUGGUAUGUCAGUUGCACCAGAUAGCACCAGCCCGAUCACAGCAGCAGCCCAGCUCUCCAUCUACAAAUCACCCAAGCAGAGGAAGUCCAUCUUUGACCCGGACACUUUCAAACGCCCUGAAACACCUUCCUCGAAAAUGGAGUACAUGGCAGCCAAUCAGAUCGCUGCAGUAGCUGCUGCCGCCGCAGCUUCACACUCCCCUCAGCCUUCAAAAACAGAGUCCCUCUCCUCCUCAUCCACCCCAACCCCAACCCCACCAACACCGCCCACUCGCAGUGACUCCUUUAAAUUCAAACACAAGCAUCAGAGCAGCUCCGCCUCCGACUGCACCAUCACCUCCGACGGCAAGGGAGAGGUCGCCAUCUCCAUGGCAGCAGGUGAGAGCAGAGAGAGGAGCGAGAGGGAAAGGGACCGGAAUGGAAACCACUAUUUCCUGGACGGCAAGGUCCUGACCUCGAGGAAGUCAUGUGACGAGGACAUCGGCAGAACAAGAGGCGAGGAGCCUGAGGUGAAGAGGCCCCGCCCUAAAUCUGCACCUGCCCUCCGACGCAGGAUGACUCCUCAGACCAUCACUCUUCCCUCCUUCCAAGUAAGUAUGGGUAGACAGAGCACUGAAAUAUUCUGCUCAAAGGAGAACACGGUUACUUUCAGGAAACUUAAGUAGAAAUAAAAUGUGUGAUCAAGUAAAAAUAAAAAGUACUUCAUAUAAAAUCGACUUGAAAGUACUUAUUUUUGAACUGAGUGAUUGAGGUGAGGUUGAACAGUGAGAAACAAUGAGAUAUGUUUUUUUCUUUUCUUUGUAGUACAAACACGACUAGAGGAUGAACCUUGUUGUUUAAAGAAGUAAACACCUUCAUCUUCAUAAAGAACAAUGCAACAGCAAAUGUUUGACAAAAUAUGGAGCCACUGAUCUGACAAUGCUUUAUAGUCCUGAAAGAAACCGCCCCAACAGCUCAGUGAAAAUAUCACAUUAUUUCACAUUAACCCAGUAGAUACAAAAUAACACACAAGACUGUCUGAAUAUCAGUGACUCGCAAUUGGCCCCACAAUACGAUAUUAUCACGAUACUUAGGCCACGAUACGAUAUUAUUGCGAUUUUUAACAUUUUGCAAUACAGUGGGUAUCGUGAUACAGUAUAUUGCGAUUUAUUAACAUUUUUUUUAACUGUUUAGCUAAUUUAGCAUUUGGCCUUCCUUUAUGUUUGUGUUAUUUACGCUGUAUUUUAUAUACCUUAUAUAUAUAUUUGUUGUACUAAUUUUCUCCUGCUCCAUGAUGUUAACAAUUAAUUUGAAAAAAAUCGAUACUUGGUAAAUGAGACGAUAAGAUAUAUCACCAGACAAAAUAUCACGAUACUACACUGUAUCAUUUUUUUUUCUCCCACACCUAAGUAUUAGUAGUUCUUAUUUCUAAUUCUGUAACUUUUAAAGCGUACGUUUUUCCUGUCGUGUCCAUGCUUUAACCUUUUCGGCCUGAACUUGCUGUUAAUCUUGGACACCAAUUGGCUAUUUCAAAGUUCUUGAACUUUGAAAUAGCCAAUUGGUUAGCAACUUGAAAACCCACAAACAUACAAAAAGGGAAUUUAAAGUACAUAAGUAAACAUAACACACUAUAAUCCACCCCUGCUAGUAAGUUAAUUUAAGUGUUAACCAACUAGAAUCAACCUGUUGGGUAAGAAAGGGAGAACCACACCUUAAGUACAAUGAUAAGUAUGGAAGUAAUUUAAGCAAUUAACAGGUCUUGAAAAGUAUGGUAAAUGAAAAAUAGAAUAUGGAAUACUAUUUAGGUUUCCAGACUAUUACCACAGGAAAAAAAUAUUGUUUUCUAAAAUAGAAAAUUAGUUAUUUCCAAAGAUAGUUCUAAAAAGUAGGGUAUAACAAAGUGUCGAAAUUCCAACUGUGUAGGAAUUUUAAAAUGUCUCAGUUAUAUGACUACCACAGACCAUGUAGACACAUGGAUGAGUAAAUCAAUUCUAUGCACCUUAUAAAACAUCACUUUAAUUCUUUCAACAAAAAACAGCUGAACGGACCAUUAUUGUAUGUCAUUUAGUGUGAAGUACAAUCUCAGUAAUAUAACUAAACUUUACUGCAGGAAUAAAAUCAAGGUUGUGAAAGAGGAGCAUGCAAACACUAAAUGUAAUUUCCUCUAAAAUGCAUUAUGUUGUCAUGGUCAUUGAUGAAAUUAUAAAAUACACUAAAGUCUAGAGUAUUUUUUAUGUAACGUGACACAGUCAGGAGAAAAUCCAAACUUCAGGAAAGGCCAGGCUCUGUAGUGAAGUGGGUGUUAUUUAAGCAAAGGUAUUACAUGGCCAGAUUUAAACCCAGUCCAAAAAACCUGCUUUGGUUGUUCAGGAAAGAGGGUUUUAAAAAUAGAUCCUCAGUCUUAAUGUGUUGCAUUCCCUCUUUUAAACAUUUAACUUGGCCUAAUCCCUGCACUAAUUCAAGCAGCUUUAUUAGAAGCUUUGCUAAAGAGAACAUGAUCUAUUUCUAAAGUGUUUGAAUUUAAAAUGGCACCUAACAUUUCAAAUCGCCCCAGUGGGCCAAAGAAUCCAUUUUAUAAUAGAAUUUACAGCCUGGUCAGAGUUAUGCCUCUGGGACUUGCCUCUUUGCCAGCGUGUCUGAGUGAUUGAUGCUUCUGCGCUGGUGCAGCCACACAGCCCAGGAGCUGAGUCAGUGCCUGGGGCCCUCACAGCUAUGCCUGGCUACCUCUCCGAGCCGAGAGGAGACACAGUGGGGGAUAAAUGUUCAUUUUACUGUAGUGGGAUGUUCACACCGUCAUUUUUCUCAUAUGGUACCUGUCUCUUGCAAAGGGUAAAGGGUUUCUUUCAGGCUGUAACUCUUUCUGUCGUUCAUCACAGAGCUACUCUAAUGACGAGCAUUCGCCGGAGCCGCGAGACAUGCUGCGUUCCUCCCCCAGCCGCUCCCACAGGCACAGCGUCGGCUUCGUCCCCACCGUCUACAACGGCUCCCUACCUCCCAGUGAGUUUGUUAGAUGUUUACAUAAAAACACACUUAAACACACACACUGUAAUCAUCGACUCUCUAACAUGGUGGUAUGUCUGCCCUGUCAGAUUCAGCCCACCGGGGUCUGGCUCCCUGCCCUGCUGUGACGGCCGUGAUGAGAAAUCCAGUGUACACCGUGCGCAGUCACCGCGUUCACACCAGCAACUGUCCAUCUGUCGCCUCCCAGAUCUGUCACCAGCACUCCCACACCAGGUUACCUUCUUUAGCUCUCGUAUUAGACAGGGCGUGUUGUUACUGCUAAUAUUUUGUCACCAGUCUGUUUCCCGGAGGCGCAAAAAUCACAUACUUAAAUUUGGGUUGUGUUUAAAAACAAUAUGCUACUAUUACACUGCCUAAAUAAAGCCCUGUCGUGAUUUAGCUCAGCCGAACAAUUCAAUUAACUCCAAACUGUGAAACAUCCUGCAACUCAAAUGAUUCUGCAAACAUAAUUAUAUCAGUGUUUCCUGAGGCUUUAAAUUUUUUUUUUUCCCUCUGUGCAGCCCACAGCACCAGGGUCGUCUGAGCCUGGACCUGAGCCAGCAGAAACGCGCGGGCGACUACUCUGAAUCCUCGUCGUCACGCAGCAGCAGAGCUUCACACGGUACAAACUCAUUGCCCUCCAGCGCACGACUCGGUCAGUCCUACACGCACACACACACGCACGCAUCAAAGGUCACAGACUGGACGUCCCUAUCUGUGUUUUUUUAUUUUUGGAUAUUAUGUCACAGUGUUCAUUUCUUUCUCUUCUCAUCUAUCUGCCAGGUUCUUCCAAUAAUGUCCAGUACCGCACAGAGAGGAUCAAAAUCCCCUCCACUCCCCGAUAUCCACGCUCCAUGCUGGGGUCAGACAGAGGUACUGUGGUACUUUAAAAAUAGCUACUUAAUACUGACCAGUCCUCAUUUAAUGCUUUGCAGUUUGAUCUUUUUCUCAUUAAGCCUGUGAACUCAGCCUCGUUUUACUUUCUCAGGGUCUAGUACAUAUAACAGCUUAGCUUUUACCACACAGAGAGAAGGUAAACAACUGCCACAUUAACUUUGAAUAACAAAUAUAGAUUCAUUCCCACUUUCUCUACUUAAGGAUGACAGAAAUAAGACGUGCUGUAUUCAGUUGAAUGUAGUCCUCUGGCACUUUAGUCCAAUUACCCAAACUUCAGGUUGCCAAAGUUUUAUUUUAUCUCACUAGUAAAAAGAUUGUCCUUAAACUUAAGUGUCUGCCGUCCCUCUACAAAAACUCUCCAUAUUACCAAGUGCGAAUCACAGCCGAACACACUUUUCAACUUUUAUCCCAGCCGUCUAUCUCCUCGUGAGAUGUAAAUGUAAUCUUGUACCACAAACUUAAUCUCUCUCUAUUCCUGCUCCUCCUCAGGCUCCCUCUCGCACUCGGAGUGUAGCAGUCCCAGCCUCAUCACGCCGCCGCAAUCACCACUCAAUCUCGAGACCUCCUCGUUCGCCAGCAGCCAAUCGCAAGGCUCCAUUUCCACUUUACCUCGGAUCUCUGUCAGCCCUGUGCCGAUAGGGGAGCGCAGGAAAGACAGGUACGACUGCAGCGAUCGCUCAGAGAUUGAAAUUUCAAAGAGUAAUACGGCAGAUUACUAACUGGAAAAAAUGACCCGGCUGGAUGACACGUCUGCAGAAUCGUGAUGCCGCUGAAAGCAUCAAAUGAAAUUGUGAACCAGUAUUUGAUAUAUUUCUUUGACACAGUAAUUGUUGCCUGUUACACGAGACCCGCUCAGAAUAACAACAAUCGCACAGCUGCUUUACUGAUGCUGCAGAUGUUGCAUGAAUGAUGAAGAGUGUGAUUAUUAGGAUCGCCUCACAAGCGGAUACAAUAUGGCCGAGGUCUGCCCUCAGGGAUCCUCCUAGGCUAUUUGAAAAGGCGUUGCCAGGCAACAGGUCUAUCAUGGCCAGAGCUGUGCAAUCCCUCAUUGAAAUUCAGAUUGAAAUCCUAUUAAAAGUCUGGAAAAAUCUCACAGAAGCCUCUUGCUGUGUUUAGAAAAGGAUAGCAGUGAUCUGUCAGUGUGUUGGAAUUAUGAUUUUGUUCUCCCCUUCAACAUUUCUGUCCCUUUUUGUUUCGCCAACACAUCUCUCUCUCAUUUACACUGUUACUGUCUCUGUACAUCUGUCCCCCAUUCUCCUUUUUAUCUUCCUCCCGCUUUCCUCUCUACAUCCCCUCCGCUUUCAGAUCUCUUUACCGUAACAGAUCUUUUCUAAGGAUUCCUCUGGCUGCAAGGCCGAGGUUCUCCUCUCUCAGGAGCCUAAGGUUCGUUAUCUAUCAAAGUGCUAAAAAUCAAGGGAAUGCCCCCCCUCCCUCUACACACACCUUUCCUCCAAGUUCACGCCGUUCCCAUGCUUCAGUGAAGUUGGUUAGGUAACACUGUGGAGCAGAAAAGUUGUGUGCAGUAUAAUGAAUGCAAAAAAAAAGAGAUUUUGUGAUGUUUGCCCUCCUCUGAAGAGAGUCGUGUAAUCCUAUACAGCUAAUUCUGUGCAUGCUACAACAGAAGGGAAUUAAGAUACAGCUCUGAUUAGCUUCACUCGCUGAAAUGUAGAGGUUCAGUGUAAUGUUUACAUCCUGCACUCAGUCUUCCUUCAUGCCGGAAACCCUUUUGAAUCAGCUUUUGCAUGCGGCGUCCAUGCUCUAUGAUGACAUGGACAAUAUGCAUGCAUUUAUUUUGGCCUCGAGCCAAGCCACCCUUUAGUCUGCAGUAUGUAUGUUAUGCAAUGGUAUUAUUAUGCAGCCCGGAGCUUCAGGGUCAUGGUCUUGUUUGUAUACCACUACUCUGUUUACCCUCCGUCUCUGGCUGCUAAUCCAUCCCUCUGAUCUGCCAUCAUGGAUUUGUAUUCUAUGUCCAAAGCCAACUUGUUGUGAAGACGCACAAAGUCCCAUGCAAAUCGUCUUCAUGGGGAACGAUUUCGCCUGCUUGUGCUUUUUUGGAUUUUACGAUCAUGGUUCUAUUUGCUCUAAACCCGUCCUUCUUCUUCUUCUUCUGUAAGACAGGUCCAAAGUGGUGUUCUGGUGAGAUGAUGAGUUUACAGGUCUGGGGGGGAAUGUAGGAUCAGGGUAGGGCUGGGCGAAAAAACGAUAACGAUAUAUAUUGAAAAUUAAUUUCCCUCAAUAUCAAUAUAAAACAUGGUCAAUAUACUUUUCAAUAGCCGGCAUUCUGCAAUGUUUUGGUAGACGACACGAGUAGCCAAUGAAAAGGGGAGUUGCUUUGGGUCCUCUUCGCGCUGAACCAAUCAUGUGCUGAAUUAGAACCAAGUAGCAAACAACUGCGUAGUAGCAGGCUGCAGAGCACGCGCAAUGCAAAGGGUUACCAACCCCGAGCAGCGAGAGGAGCCCAUGGCGCCUGUGCAGCCAAAACUUCCGACCAUUCACUUCGCUUUCUCUAGCGCAACGCCUUAGUAAAAUGUCAAAGAGACUUAAAGACCUUACAGAUAUAGCGUAUUGUACUGCAAAAGACAUGCUACCAAUAAGCUCUGUUAAAUUUCAUUUUUUUAUAUUGUGAUAUAUAUCGAUAUCGACUGAUAUAAAAAAAAUAUAUCAUGAUAAACUUUUUCCCAUAUCGCCCAGCCCUAGAUCAAGGUGAACCAUUCCUUAAAGAUAGUCCAUCUUUGGAUUGAUAAUGUUUUAAUUUGGACAAGACGUGAUCUUUUCAUAACUCGAGAAAAAUCCUGGGUAGAUAUAACUCUCCAGAGCUGUAAAUAAUGCAUCAGCCUGCUCCUGUGUGGUCUCCUCUAACUGCUUUCCUAUUAAGCUAUUCAUUCAUACACAUUUCUCUCCCCCACCAGGCCGUACUUGGAGGAACCCCGCAAUGUCAUUGUGCACAAAGGUGCAGAGCCGCUGGGCAUCUCCAUAGUUGGCGGAGAGAACGGAGGGAUCUUUGUGUCUAAAGUUACAGGAGGCAGCAUCGCCCACCAGGCGGGAUUGGAGUAUGGAGACCAAUUACUGGAGGUAUGAGCCACCUACUGUAUGUCAUAAAGGUUAGAGCUUGAAACUGCAGAAAAAAGGAGUGCAGCGUGGAUGUAUGUCAGGGUGCAGAAAAACGCUGGAGAAGCUUAAGACCGGAACAGCUUUUAUAUUUUUGCUUCAAAGGCUGCUGCCUGCUAUGCAUUUAUCUGUGCGGCUCUGCUCUCUGAAAGGCUGCAUUCAUUAGUGUUGUCACAGUUCCCAGUAUUUUAAUUCCUGCUGAAGUAAAAUGGCUGAGCAAACAGAAAAUCUGUUACAAUGUCACAACUAGAUGGCACACAGUCUUCUCGUAGAUAUCAUAGAGUAAAUGUGUUUUUGAUACUGUGUUCAAAAAGGUAAACCCAUCCCUGAUGAAACCCCAAUCCCACUUUUCUGUCUUUACCAGUUUAAUGGCAUCAACCUGCGGAACGCCACGGAGCAGCAAGCCCGCCUUAUCAUCGGCCAGCAGUGUGACACCAUCACCAUCAUGGCCCAGUACAACCCACACAUGUACCAGCUGGGCAACCACUCACGCUCCAGGUAAACAAGGUCUUUCUUUCAGAAUCAUGCUCGGAUGUUCAGAGUGGGGAGUUUCCCAGGUGUGCAGCGCGGCAGACACCUGAAUCAGCUCUACUAAGUGUUUCAGUUUAACGGUGACAUGUAUAUUUAUGCUGCUGUGUAUGCCCAGGUGUUGUUGAAAGAGGAAUCCCUGAAACAGCAGUUGUUCAAAAAGCCCAUAUGUACUAGCUGUUAAAGUGAGUAACCAAAUUGAGGGUGAAAAUAUGUCGCCUAUCACCUGACAUUGAAUUUCUUCAUUCAGGGUGUCCGCGUUGUCUUAAAAAGUCUUAAAAUGUGUAAAAUUCUCUUAAAAUGUCUUAAAUACGAUUUUGAAAGGUCUUAAAAAUGUAUUAACUCUACUUAAAGGGAUAUUCAGGCGCACACUUAAGUUAGGGUCAAACACACUGUAACACCGAGCUAGACCCCCUCAAGAGACGAAUGUUGCUGACCGCUUGCUUCUCUAGUUAUACCAACUUUAGUAACGACUGCACGCUAGCAAUACACAGCGGUCUAUGGAUCCACACACACACCUCAACCAAAAAGCCACUCUAUAGCCACAAAUAAUGCUCAGAACAGCACCUAACUUCAUCAACAGUACAUAUAGGUUCCCAGCUAUAGUACUAGCCACCAAACCUCUUUUUACCUUCGCCUAAUUUGUUUGGCAAAGAGACCAAACACAACUCACCUACUCUCAUCCAGCAGCCACUUUGUAGGGGGAGCCCUGACAAGUUGAUCACCAAGUGCAGCAGAGUUUUGCAGCUCAAGGAAGAACAUUUAUUACUUCAUGGAAAUGCAAUCAGAGCUCUUGUGUAUCUUGUAUGUCACUUUAUAACUGUUAUUAUCGAGUGCUGGCCGGGACAUGAGCGCAGAUGAGCAUUUUUAACUUGACGUACUUGCAGGGGAGACUUGCAUAAACGAACGCUAGAUUUUAUGUGAACUCAAACGCGAUUGUUUAUCUCGUUAGGAGUGAGGAGACAGCAUUAAGGUGAAGAAGGAAAGUUAAAGUUGUUGUUAUAAACUGACAUAAAAGAUACACAAGAACUCUGUGCCAUAGGAAUAAAGAUUGAUUUAAAGUAAUGUAAAAUCCAAUUUCCCUUAAUGUCUUUUGAAUUUUUUUCUCUCAGUAUGGAUGUUAAAUGAAUCUUAAAUAGUACUCAUUAUGGUCUUUAAAAAGUCCUAAAUUUGACUCUAUGAAACCUGCAGAGACCCUGUAAUCCUAAUUCCAGUAAAUACUGUCAUUUGGAUAAUAACUCCAAGCUAAUCCAAAUAUUAAAUAUCCCCCUGCUUUAAUUUUCAGUUCAUUCAUAUGAAACAGAACAUGUAAUCACACAUUUGUGUUCAACAGCACAGCUUUACAUCAAACCUAAGACCAGCAUGAUGUCAAUUUACUAAUGGAGUCAACACAUCACUAUUUAUGACAUGUAAUAUUUCAUGCAGCUCCCGUCUGGAGCCAGUCAGCACUCAGUCGACCCCCCAGGGAAGCGGAGCUGCCACACCCGACAAUCACUCCAACAUCGACACACUCAGCGAGCAGGACGAGGGCACGCUCACCCCCUCCUCCAAGCAGACCACACCCACCACCAGCCCACACAAUUUCAUCAGGUAAUACAAUCAAGCAGCAGCGCAGUCAUGGUGAUGUUUGAGAUGAAUACUUCCCUCUUCAUACCUCUUCAUCUUUGUUCCUCAGGAUGCCGUCUGAGGGCAGCAGGAAGGUGGGUGAGCCUCGACUUGUGACAGUGCGCAGGCCCGGGGUGGAGGUGGGAGUCACGCUCUGUGGAGGGAACCUGCGGGGUGUCUAUAUAGAGAGCCUGGAUGAGGACAGUCCUGCCAGAGGGCCUGAUGGGCUGCUCCCUGGAGAUCUCAUCCUGGAGGUGUGGACUCUUUUACUCAUCACCACACACUUUAGUUAUCAAAGCAGAGGAGUUACACGGUCUCCGAAUCAAGAUAUGAGAAUCUUUGCAGUGAAACCUCCAACCCAACAUAUCCUCUUUUGGUUGUUAAAAGUCAAAGUAUGUCGUUAUUAUUCCAGUUUUUAACACAUAAGUUAUGGAAAAGUACAAAGGAAGUCAGUUAUGUAAGGCCCUGUAUGAUUUUGAUUGCAUUAUAAAGAGAACCAGAAAGGUUUCCUUAGGUCUUUAUUUUGUCGAUUAAAAAUUUUGGGAUACUUUAAUGCAGUCACAUUUGUAGAAAGAGAAAUAUCUUUUAUUCAGUGGGCGUCGUAUUCAGUUUCAUAAAUGGACUUUCUGUGGAUUUUGUAAGACAGUAAAGACUCGUAGGCGUAAUAUCACUUUUUGGACUCCUCUCAAAGCUGAACUCUUACUGUAUACGCAGGAGCAGAGCUUUGUGUGCUGUUGUUACUUUACACUCAAGCGCUGCCAGAAGGAGCUGGCACUUCUCUCCUGCCUGUCAUUAUUCUCCAUUGAUCUCCUCCUUGUCUGCGUUCUCUCUCACUCCGCGCUGGCGAUCUAUUCGGAUCGCCGCAAACUCAUAAUAGACAAUUCCUGGCAUGCUCCCACUUAGCUCUCUGCCACAAAGGCUCUGCUCUCUGAAUCGCUAUGCAGCUUUGUCAUCAGGCUGCACAGCAUCAGCGUGUCCUUCAAUCUCCCAUCUUGUUUGUUUUUCUUCCCCCCUGUACAUGGCACAAAUCAAUACUGCGACACUUUAAUACAGCUGAAAGCUUGGAGGAAAUGUAGCUGUUUACUCGUGCAACCUUCACGGGCGCAGCGAAUGAUUUCACAGAUGAGUGUAAACACUGACCAAAUUUCUCCGCUCCUCAUCUCGAGUUUGUCUUAUUUUCCAGGAUGUGUGAAGUUCACGUCAUACUUUUUCCUCCUCUCCUCUCACUUCCCUUUUUUUGUUUUUCAGUAUAACUCGGUGCAUAUGAAGAACAAGACAGCUGAAGAGGUCUAUGUGGAGAUGCUGAAGCCUGCAGAGACGGUCACAAUCAAGGUGCAGCAUCGGCCGGAUGACUUCAACAUGCUCAAAGACGUCCCAGGAGAUGGCUUUUACAUUAGGUACAUGCACACGUAUCAUCUCGCUGCGUUUAUGUGUUACAGCUCUCUAAAAGGGUCACACUUCUUUUCCCCAGCAGCCUCUUGGCGGCUAAAUAUAGAAGCACCACUGGAGAGCCUCUUGGACAAUCUUUCUCAUCUAACCAAUUAUGUCCCAGAUCCACUGUGUGACUGCAGAGAUGCUAAUCGCACUACAAAUUUAGGUGGUCUAAUCUCUCCACACUGCACACCACGUCUAUUUUAGUGCUCUGUGUUUUUCACGCCAUGAGAAAAACAUCGUAUAUGAAUGGAAAAAUGGAGCUCCAAAAUAGUCCGGUUUUAUUGUUGGGAGUCGGUCGCUGCAGCUGCCGCAGUCACUUGUCAUAUAGGCAAGCGGGCUUGUGAUGUCAUUGGCAGUAAAUACACUCAGACUGCCUGCCUGUCACAGAUAGGCUGUUCUGAAAUGACUUAUGAGGUUCCGACCAACAGGAGGCAAUAAAGGCCCACGCUGUCAAAGGAGUCUCCACACUUCCUAUCUCACCUUCUUUAUAUCUCCGAUUCCUUAUCUCCUUCUCUUCUCUCACUUUAUCAACUUUCCUUUGCCCUCGUUUCUGCACCUCUCUUUUGUAAGCUCACCAUCUAUCUCUGUCUCUCCCUCCCACCAGAGCACUUUACGACCGGGUGGGGGAGGCUGAGGGGGACCUGAGUUUUAAGAAGGACGACAUCCUGUUCGUGGAUGAGUCUCUACCAAAGGGCAGCUUCGGGACCUGGAUGGCCUGGCAGCUAGAUGAGAACGCGCAGCAGAUCCAGAGGGGACAGAUCCCCAGCAAGUACAUGUGGGUGGAGAAUGCAGUUCACACUUACACACACGUACAUUUCUGAGAUAGUGGACAGUUCGAAGCAGCUGUGACAACAAUCGACGCCACUCUGUUACAAUGUAGGACCUGUGUGUAAUGACACUUCUUCACAGACGGUUUCAGACUGUACUCCUGUUGAGCGCUCUUGAUUCUUAUACUGGACUAUCUCUGAAAAGUAAAAGUAAAACCAUCGAUUGUGAUUAUUGCAAUUGUAAUCAUAUCUAUGUUUCAUUAUUUUUGCGCCAUAAUCACAAUGAAGAGAUUUUACCAAUGUCUUAAAGGGAUAUUCCGGCGUAAAAUUUAUUUAGGGUCAAACACACUGUAACACCGAGUUAGACACCCCCUCUAGAGAUGAAUGUUGCCGACCGCUUGCCUCUCUAAUUAUACCAACUUUAGUAACGACCGCACGAUAGCAAUACACAGCGGUCUGGGGAGCCAUAAACAAACCUCAACCAAAACGCCACUCUAUAGCCACAAAUAAUGCUCAGAACAGCACCUAACUUCAUCAACAGAACAUAUAGGGUCCUAGCCACAGCACUAGCCACCAAACAUCUUUUUAACUUUGCCUGAUUUCUUUAGCAAAGAGACUAAACACAACUCAUCCACUCUCUUCCAGCAGUCGCUUGUGAAUUUAUUUUAUUUAUUUAACCUUUAUUUAACCAGUAAAAUCACACUGAGACGAGUCUCUUUUGCAAGUGCGAACUGGCCAAGGGAAGAGGCAAAUAAAAUGUUACACAGCUCUGCCAGCAACAAUACAAUACAAUGACAAUACAACAUGGAGAGACUGAGAGUACAAUACCAAUUGCUUAGGCUCUGUUUGUAGCGGGACCUCAGGUGAGUCCAUUACGGACUACAGCGAGGUGUCGCAGCUCAAGGAAGAACAUUUAUAAUAAUUUCUUCAUGGAAAGGCAAUCAGACCGAGACGCUAAGGCAAAAGAACUACCGCAUCUGCAGUGCAAAAUGAUUAAUAUGGUGAUUACUUGAAGGAAAUGAUAAAGUAAUCAUCAUAAAUGUUCUUCCUUGAGCUGCUUCACCCCGCUGCAUCUCUCAAGGGGAUGUCUAACUUGGUGUUACAGUGUGUUUGACCCUAAAUAAAUUUCACGCUGGAAUAUCGCUUUAAUUUUGGACAACUCUUUCUGGAGUUUCUUUCAGUUUGGUCCACGGGUCUGUUGCACUGCAUACACUUAAAAUAGUGCCUUGCAGUGUUUUGUGAUGCAGUUGCCUGCUGAAAUUGUUGGGGUUUGUCAUGACCCAAAAUAAGACUUUGAUUUAAGACAAAAAGACACACGAGCAAGAACCACCUGGAUCUCAGGAGAUUUUAUUCAGACCUGGUCCUACAGCUACUGGUCCUUACAUUCUUACUCUAAAUCAUGGCCUUGCUUUCAAACACUGAAAUGUGGGUCCUCCUCAUUUUUUGUGUGUGUAUGUUUCAGGAUGGACCAAGAGUUUUACCGCAGACACAGUGUGACAGAUAUGAAGGAAGACUCCGGAAAGACUCUCUCAGCAGCCGCCCGCAGGUCCUUCUUCAGGAGGAAACAGAAACACAAACGCAGCAGCUCCAAAGACAGCAAAGAGAUGGUGGCUCUGGACGCCAUUAGCACAGACUCUAUCCCAUUCUUGGAUGGUGAGAGGACGGGUUUUGGUCUUUUUGGUAAGGUGUUUGCUGAAUAAGAUACUUAAUUAAUCAAUACUGUCUGUGCCAGACUGUGUGAGCUUGGCUUACCAGAGGGUCCAGAAGGUUGAGUGCACAUCUCCCAGGCCGGUCCUCAUCAUCGGUCCGCUCACUGACCCUGUGAAGGAGAUGCUGGUCAAAGAGUCUCCUGGGAAGUUCUGCAGAUGUGUACUGGGUGAGUUUACCUACUUCAGAUGUUUUCUUAGAAGAAAUUAAAAACCACAUGAACUUUCUUUAAAGUUGUCCACUGAGACUGAAACUUUGACUUUUUCUGCCGUUUUUUAACAACAUUGUUUGUUCCUUUCACUCCUGUCGUGUCUGCAGAGGUGAUGAAGGCAUCCCAGCAAGCCAUCGAGCGAGGCGUCAAGGAUUGCCUCUUCAUCGACUACAAACGUAGGAGUGGUCAUUUUGAUGUGACCACUGUUGCUUCUAUAAAGGAAAUAACAGAAAAGGUAUCAGUCUGUCUUCGCUGUCAUAUUGGAGAGCAGGUUCAUUCGAAUGUUCAUUACUCACCAAACUAUCCAUGUUGCUAUCUCUAAAUCUGUAACUCUGUCAACUUUAGAAGUGAUGGAUCUGUUGCAGUGAAGUUUGUUUUCUUCUUGGAUGCAGGGCUGUCACUGUUUGCUGGACAUCGCCCCACACGCCAUUGAAAGGCUCCACAGUGUUACCAUUUAUCCAAUAGUCGUCUUUGUCCGCUACAAGAACGCCAAGCAGAUAAAGUAAGUAGCAGCGUGCUUCUUAAUAAAAAUAACGCAAAGAUUGCUCUAUAUGCGAGUUUUGACAAUGAGCUUGAGUAGCCUCUUCAUGAACCCACUGGCAUAUAUAUUAGAGCAAAAGCCCUGACCAGAAAAACUCCGAAACUGUCUUCCAAGACCCCUGACUGUUAUUUUUUACACCCACAGGGAGCAGAAAGAUCCUGUUUAUCUGCGGGACAAAGUUUCUCAAAAACAUUCCAAGGAGCAAUUUGAAAGUGCGCAGAAGGUUGAGCAAGAGUACAGCAAAUUCUUCACAGGUUGGUUCACAAACAAACACAAGUCGACUGUGUGUCUGAAAUGAAAAAAGAGACCGUAUAAAGACGUGGAUGUAACCGCAGUGAUGUUGCACACUGAACCUAGACAGUUGUCCUCGACAGUUUACAGUAUUUGGACUAAAUCUGGGUAUUUCCUGUUGACCUGUUGUUCAACUUGCGUUAAAUCCUGUUUCGCAGUGUAAAUGUGCUAAUUGGGAUUUCAUUUUCAUUUUUCUAAUCCCGUGCCUUUUUGUCCUUUCUGGCACACUGUAGUUAAGCUGCCGUAGUGGUUCCUGCUUCCCGCUGUUGCCAUGGUAAAAAAUGACGACACUAGUUUGGUUUUUAAUUUGGGUGACCAUACGUCCUCUUUUACCUGGACAUGUCCUCUUUUUUGUCUGGGGAAGUUUAUAAAAUCCUUCAAAUGUCCGCGAUUUGGUACGAGAGUUUCGAUUUUGUGUCACGUUGACUGACUGAGUUAGAAGCGCAUAAAAGACACUCAAUCAGACCCGAAAAACUCUCAAAAUUAACUUUGUUCGACUCUGUGACUCCGCCCCCAGGUAGUCGUGUCCUCUUUUUGGGUAGUCAGAAAAUGGUCACCCUAUUUUGAUUUGAUGGCAUAUUUUAGUGGGCCCAGACAGCUCAGCUGAUAAGUCAAAAGUAAUUUAAUUUACAUUUUGCGUCAGUGGUGUUUAAGUAUCUUCAAAGUACCGUAUUUUUCGCACUAUAAGGCGCACCUGAUUAUAAGGCACACCAUCAAUGAACGCGUCUAUUUUCAUACAUAAGGCGCACUGGAUUUUAAAGUGCAUUAAGCCAAACAAAACAUUCAGAUAAGUCAGACUUUAUUUCACUCAUUCAAUAACUCUGUGAGGCUACGGUAGCUGCAGUGCUCCGACAAGCCAAAAGGAUUUUAAGUGCGCCUUAUAGUGCGAAAAAUAUGGUACUUCAAGUUUGAGCUAAACAUACAGCUAGUGCAGCUAAUCCACGCCACAUCCACGUCUUAUUUACAGCCCAAAAUCUUCGUCUUUGCUCUGUGAUUAACACUCCUUUUGUCUCUAUCACAGGUAUUGUCCAGGGCGGCACCCUCCCGUACAUUUGCACUCAGAUCAUGACUAUAGUUGAUCAAGAACAAAGUAAAGUCCUGUGGACUCCACUCGGCUGCCCCUAG